GUCUGCCAAAGUUACAACAUAGAAAGGCCUCCAGCUGCCAAAUUCUCUCAGUGUGGGAUGAGACCAAGCUGAGUUCCUGAAACCAAGGACCCUGCACACCACCAUGGCUACCAAGCCAGCAUAUAUCGCUGCAGAUGUAGUAGAGAAGUACUUAGGCUAUACAACUCUGAUCCCACUGCUAGAGAGGGCACUCAUUAAUUUUUCCAGUGGCAGGGAAGGUGGUGUUGUCCAACCAAUCCGGACCAUUGUUCCAGUGAGUAAGCACAAGGGGUAAGCAUAUAGUUAUACUGUAAUCCAUUACUCUAAUGAGUCUUAACCUUUUUUUCUUUAAACAGAGAAACAAAUUGCAUAAACUGGUGCCAUUCGGGAGCAUUGGGACCACAAAAUCUGGACACUGAACAUCAUACUGUAUUUAUCAAUAUCCAGAUGUUACACUAGCAUGAAUGUGCUUCAAAUCUCACUGUGUCUGGAUGCAACUAAAUUAUUAUUACUGCCAUUUAUAUAGCGGCAGCUUAUCCCGCAGCGCUUUACAAUGUUAUAAGGGAAAUUUAGCAAUAAAUGCGACAAAGACAACAUGUUACAGGAACAAUAGGUAGAUGAGGACCCUGCUUAAACGAGCCGGCUGAAACCCAGAACCGAAUGUUGGAAAUGUGCAACCAAAUGCUCAGAUGCAACAGAAAUAGCCAAUCUCUGCCUGUAUAUUUAGUUAGCAUUAUGAUGGCUAAUUCUAUUAGAGAAAGGGUUAACUCAGUGUGAGUGUUCAAAUGCCCCAAAUAUAAAAGCGUAUUUAUUAAGUAUUUAUUAAAAUGUAUAUUAAGGCACUAGUUUAUUUAUAUUAUAUAUUUAUUAACAUUUCAUUAAUCUUUGCUGUGUUUUAACUCUUUGCUCACUGGCAGAGCAAGCAACUAGAGCAGAUUUCUGUCGGUUCACUUGUAAAAAGUUUAUAUUGUGGGUUUUUUGUGCAAUCUACCUGGUUUGUUGAGAGUGAAUCUGGCUGAAAUCUGGUGUUUGAUAAAUAUGCAGAUUCUAUAUUUUCUAUAGGAUUUGCUUGUGACAAUUACUGCAGACACUGGAUAUUAAGAAAUGAGAAGUACAUAUUCCAUUGAAAAAACAGGAUCCCAGUAAACAUGAGCAUUACCCCCACGAAUCCAACAAUUUAAAUGAGCUAAUUGAGUUAUUCUUCAAUUGAAAUAUAAUGCACUAUGGCAUGCUACCAAAUUAGGCUCUACUCUGAAGAUUCUGCUCUGCACUGUUAAGGGCAGUGUUGUUACAGUAACCAAUUUAUUGUGAACAGAUUUAAAGGACCACUCUAGGCACCCAGACCACUUCAGCUUAAUGAAGUGGUCUGGGUGCCAGGUCCAGCUAGGAUUAACCCAUUUUUUUAUAAACAUAGCAGUUUCAGAGAAACUGCUAUGUUUACAAAUGGGUUAAUCCUUCCUCCAAUUCCUCUAGCGGCUGUCUCAUUGACAGCCGCUAGAGGCGUUUGCGUGAUUCUCACUGUGAAAAUCACAGUGAGAGCACGCAAGCGUCCAUAGGAAAGCAUUAUAAAUCUCUAGUCAAUAACCCUGCCUUUGUAGACAACUAGGUUGCAAUUCCUUUAACCCCCUUAAGGACACAUGACAUGUGUGACAUGUCAUGAUUCCCUUUUAUUCCAGAAGUUUGGUCCUUAAGGGGUUAAAGUCCAGAUUCGUAGAUACAUAGUUGUCUAGGCUGCAAAAAAGACUAAAGUACAUCAAGUUCUGUGAAACCCAUUCUGUUUUGCUGAUGAUCCAAAAGAAGGCAACACAUAAACAAAUACAAAAACAAUUGCAACUUUUUCUAGUUCAGCAAAAUCCUUCUUUAACCCCUUCAGGACGGAGUCAAUAGUACACGUUCUGAUCAAAACAAAAUGUAAACAAAAACUGGAAUUUGCGCUAUAUGUCUGUUCACCCGUAAUUCACCUCUUUCAUAUUAUGUGCACCCACACUUAUUAUAUAUCAUUUUGUUCAGGAGAAACUGGGCAUUAAUUUCUCAUGAACUAUUCAUAUUUGAAACAUAAUUUAUUAUGAAUAAAAUUUAAAAAACUGUGAGAAACUAAGAUUUUUGUAAACAAUUGUAGACAUUUUUGCUGUAAAUUUUAUAAUACUGUUAGCUUUAACUGCAAAAAACACACAUAUUUGGAUUCAGCAAAGUCUCACGAGUACAACAGUACCACCCCGUUAACAGUUUUUAGGGUGUUGUGGAAAGUUAAAGGGUCAAAUAUAGCACAUUCCAUUUUUCAGUUUUUUCAAAUUGAAAUUCGCCAGAUUAGUAAUGUUACCUUUGAGACCGUGUGGUAGCCCAGGAAUGAGAUUUAACCCCAUGAUGGCAUACCAUUUGCAAAAGUAGACAACCCAAGGUAUUGCAAGUGGGGUAUGUCCAGUCCUUUAUAGUAGCCACUUACACUGGCUACUAUAAAGUUAGCGUUCAUAUUUGUUUUUGUUUGAAAAAAGCAAAAAAACUAAUAUUUGGCCAGUGUUUGUGACUAAGUGGCUACUAAAAAUGACUGGACAUACCCCAUUUGCAAUACCUUGGGUUGUCUACCUUUUUAAAUAGUAUGCCAUCAUGGGGGUAAUUCUCAUUCCUGGGCUACCAUACGGUCUCAAAUGCAACGUAACCAAUCUGGCAAAUUUCAAUGGGAAAAAAAUGAAAUAUAUAAUUAUAGUUGACUCUCUAACUUUCCAAAACACCAUAAAACCUGUACAUGGGGGGUACUCUUAUACUUGGGAGACUUCGCUGAACACAAAUAUUAGUGUUUCAAAACAGUAAAACAUAUUACAACAAUAAUAUUGUCAGUAAAAGUGCAGUUCGUGUGUGAAAAAUGCAAAAACUUCACUUUUACUAAAUAUAUCAUUGUUGUAAUACAAUGUAUCAUUUUGAAACACUAAUAUUUGUGUUCAGCGAAGUCUCCCGAGGUUUUAUGGUGUCUUGGAAAGUUACAGGGUUAAAUAUAGCGCGUGUGGAUUUAAUUCUCUGCACUUGCUGCCUGGGUUGUCAGGCACGUCAAUCAAAUCUUAUACUUAUGUAGUUAUUUAUGUAUUUAUCUAUAUAACUAUUUACAGUUAUUUGUAUUUUAUAUAUAGAUAUAUAUAAAUAGAAUGUCAUUCUAAGUGUAUUUUGUUACCAAUAUAUAUAUUAAUAACAAAAUACAGUUAGAAUGAGAUUACAUAUGUAUAUAUAAUUUAUUUUAAUUUUUUAAAAAUAUUUAUUUAUUUACUAUUGUAAUUAUACGUGUAUAUAUAAAUCUAAAAUAUAUAUAGAUGUAUUAUAUAUACAAUAUAUAUAUCUUAUAUAUAUGUAACGUCAUUCUAAGUGUAUUUUAAGAUUAAUAUAUGUACUUAUAUUAACAUUAAAAUACAUUACGUAUCACGUUACAUAUAUAUAAUAUGUGUAUAUAUAUUAUAUAUAUAUAUAUUUAUUUUAUUUUAAACUUGCUAAUAAUAGUUUUAUUAUUCUUCCCACCAGCAGGGGGACUGUCUGACAGCUCAGACAGUCCCCAUGCUGGCAGAUCCACAGCCAGCUAUAGGGGGCCAUGUGAUCGCUCUUUGAGAGCUAUCACAUGGCCCCCGGGGGCCUCAUUUGCCAAGGGAGGGCUGCCUGGGCUGUCAGGCAGUCCUCCCGAAGAGGAUCGUGGAGCUCCUGGGGAUGAAAGCCGUUACGGCGUUCUAUGCCGCCGCAACGGCUUUAACCCCUUAAGGACACAACUUCUGGAAUAAAAAGGAAUCAUGACAGAAUAUUUCCGUCAUGUGUCCUUAAGGGGUUAAAGCCCAUUAUAAUUGGUGCCCAAAUAGUCCUGUAUAUUCAAGGGAGAGUUUUACCAUUGAUUUGUAAAGAGGCAGAAUUAUAUUUGGACCCCUUUUUAUACACAAAAUCAUCUUACUAGCUUUUGCAACGGCAGACUAGCAUUGCAUACUGUUAGCUAGUUCGUGAUCUAUAAUUGUUCCCAAGUCCUUUUCAUUUAUUAUUAUCCCUAACUAAACCCCAUUUGAUGUAUAGGUGGCUUGUGGGUUCUUUAUUUCAAAAUGCAUGACUUUGCUUUUUUCUUUCUUGAAACUCAUCUGCUACUCGCCUGCCCAGUUAUCCAAUUUAAUUUAUCCAAACCCCUCUGUAAAGAAGUUAUAUCCUGUGUUUUGUUAUCUAGUUUUGUGUUAUCUGCAAACACAGACAAAUGUAAAUUUAUGUUAUAAAUGCGUUAUAAAUGUAAUCUAUUUAUAAAUGAUCUUCAAGAUCAUUUAUAAAUAGAUUAAAGAGAAGUGGGCUCAGGACAGAACCCUGACGCACUCCACUUACCACUUUUGUCCAGUUUGAAAAUUUUCCAUUUACAACUACUCUUUGCACUCUAUCUGCCACUGUUCUAUCUAACAACACAAUUUUUUGUCUAAGUCGAAUUAUUUCAGUUUUACUAUUAACCUUGGUGUGCAACUGUAUCAAAGGCCUUAGCAAGAUACAAGUAGAUCACGUCUACUGAAACACCUUGAUCUAUAGUCUACUAACUUCUUCAUGGAAUUACAUUGUUAGUUUGGCAUGACCUGUCUUUCAUUAACCCCUUAAGGACACAUGACAUGUGUGACAUGUCAUGAUUCCCUUUUAUUCCAGAAGUUUGGUCCUUAAGGGGUUAAACCAUGUUGAUCCUGCUUUGAUAUUGUUGCUCAAAAUUAUUUCUUGAAUAUUAUCCCUCAACAGUCCUUCAAAUAACUUUCCAACCAUAGAGCCAGACGUAUAGAGCAACAGGGUACACAGUACAGGCCUCAUGGUUGGAGCAUUGUAACUUUGUUUUGUCUUUUGGACCAUAAUUGAAUAUACCUUACUCUUCACCCUGGACUGUGUAGCCUUUGGCUCUAUAUUUCUCGAUUUAAAAAAAAAAAAAUUUAUUGGGAGCUAGCGGAUCUUCAACACAGAGCUCUGGUAAAUCAAAAUACUAGUGUGCAGUACUCUACCACCUGAUCUCAACCAUAGAUGUUAAGCUCAUGGGUCUGUAGUUUCUGGGUUGAGCUUUUAACCCCUUUUAAAACAUAGGGUUUUAAAAGGGUUUCUCCAAUCUUGAAAAAAAAAUAGUCCUAAAAAAUGAAAAACAGUAGUAUAGAUAUUUCAACACUAAGUUCCCUAUGCAUCUAUGGGUGAAUACCAUCUGGCCCUGGGACUUUGUUUACAUUAACUUUAUUUUGUUUCUGAAGCACUUUAUAAUGUGUUAACCAAUCACCUGUUUUCUGUAAGACUUUUCUAACAGGGAUAUGCAAAUCUACAACCAUAGAUUCUUCUUCCCUAUAUACCGAAGAAAUAAAUAAUUAUUUAGAAUUUCUGUCUUGUCCCAAUCCUCCUUGAUUAACUCACCCAUCUCACUUUCCAAUGGGCCAACAUUUUCACUCUUAACCUUCUUGGCAUUAACAUACUUAAACUUUUUGGGGUUGGUCUUGCUCUUUUUGAUUAUGAACAAUUAUUUUCAAGUCUAGCCCAUCUAAUCACUAUUUUCAAACUCUGUUGGCAUGCUUAUGAUUACUCUAGGAUGCAAUUGACGGUUCUGAUUUAAAUGUUUUGAAUGCCAUUUUCUUAUCUAUUAUCAUUUAAAUUACUCUUGUUUUAAUUUGAUUAUUAAUAUAUUUGUUUCCCAAUGGUAUAUAUUGAGAAAUGUACUUUUGUAGAAUUUGUUUAUAGACCUUCCAUUUAUUCUCAGUGAAUAUUUACUGUCACUCAAUUCGUUGUAGAGAUGCCCUUAUCUUAUUGAAUUCAGUUUGUUUUUUUUAAACUAAGGGAUUAAGUACAGCCAAUAUAAUUUGGGAUCUUUUUUAAAUUAAUCUUAAAUAAUACCAUAUUAUUACCAAUACCACUAUUUUCCAAGUUCUCCCUAACUUGAAUGUUUGAAAAUAAAUCAACAUUAUUAGUUAUGACAAGAUCCAGAAAAGCAUAUUUUUUUUAGUUGACAUUUCUACUUAUUGAGACAUGAAUUUACCGUUUAUCAAGAUCAAAAACCUGUUUCCUUUAACUGUUCUACUAGUCCCUCUGGCCCUAUCAAUGUCUGGAUAAUUAAUAUCUUGACAUGAUUGACAAAUUACCCAGUUGUGCAGCCUUAUUAAUUUGAGAUAGCUGUUGCUCUUCCCCAUUAGCAUUAAAAGGACACUAUAGUCACAAGAACAACUACAGCUUAUUGAAUUUGUUCUGGUGAGUAGAAUCAUUACCUUCAGGCUUUUUGCAGAAAACACAUAUUCCUACUGUUAAUGGAUAUCCCCAGUUUCCUCCUAUUAAUAUGUAUACCCAUAAGGCUUCCACAUCUUAACCUGUAUCAUACAAUUUUAUUAACACUUGGUUUCAAAUCAUUUUUAACAUAAAGACAUACUCAGACUCCUCGUCUAUUUUUUUCUAUCCUUUCUGAGUAAUGUAUAUCCAUUUAAAUUAAUAGCCCAAUCAAGUGACUCAUCCCACCAAGUCCAAGUAGUCCCAAUAAUGUCAUAUUGUUCCUUGUAUGCUAAUAUUUUAAGUUCCCCCAUAUUCCUACACAAGCCUCUUUAGCAUUAGUAGACAUUUAACGUUACCAUUUGUUUCUUGAACUUUAUUUGAACAACAUGUAAUGAAUACCAUCUUGCUCUGUCUGCAAAUCUUAUCACUCUCCCCAUCUCCACCCUCCUGGACUUCAGUUGAAUUCCAUCUCUUUUGUAUAAAAUCGACCACAUCUACCCUUCUUUGAUCCCUUUCCCCCCUCUUCUAGCCAUCCUCUUCCCAAGCACAAAGUAUUCUCUUCCAUUCAGGUGCAAUCCACUUCGGCUAUAAAGAUUGUAUCCGAGCCCAAAAUUGUCCCAGUGCUCUAAAAAGCCUCCUUACCACAUCAAGACUUCGGCCAUGCAUUGAUCUUUGUAAUCUCCCGUUGCCUUUCGACUGUAGCUUGCGGCACAGGUAAUAUCUCAGAAAAUACCACCUUGGAGGUCUUUUUCUUAAGUUUGCUGCCAACUUCCCUGAACUCAUUGUUUAAGGUCCUCCCUUUUCCUCAAUCUCUGUCAUUGGUACCAAUAUGGACCAUGACAUUUUGGUCAACCCCAAGCCCUCCCAAUAAUCCCUCCAUUCAGCAACAUGCCAGACCCGAGCACUAGGGGACAGCAAACUGUCCAGUUGAUUCGAUCGGAGCAGUAGAUCACCCUGUCUACUCUUUUAAUAAGAUAAUACCCUACCAUAACAACCUGCGUAGUCUUUCCUCAAUUCAUUAUAGAGCCAACCCAAUGUCAGCACUUUCAUUGUUUUCAUUCAGAUGAAAUCUGGCUGGAAGUGAUGGCAGUUACAGGCCAUAACAUCACCAGCAUUGAAAAUGGUUAACACUGCACUGCUAGUCCUCUGUUCUGUACUAGCGGACACUUUGGGGGAGAUGUAUCAAAAUGUUACAGACACUUUAACAUCUGAUUUCCAACAAAUAAUUUGGCAAAAUGUAUUAAUUCUGUCAGGUAUUUUUCAUCAGUUUUUUUUGUGAUCUGACAUUUUUGAACAUACUGUACGUAUUUUUUUCUGUGACACAGUUGAUUGUUUGAAAAUAGAAGUGUUUUUGUAUGCAGUAGGUGUGUGGAUGCAGGGGUGUAUUUGUGUGUAGUGUCCAUAUGUUUGAAUGUAGGUAUGUUUUUAUGUGGACAGUGGACAGUAUGUGUGCAAUUGUAGUGUGUAUUUGUGUGUAGUGCAGUGUAUGUCUAUGCAUGCAGGGGUGUAUUCACUGGGAGUAUAUUUGUUUUGCGCAGUUUAUACGUACACCAGAGAAGUUCCCACUGUCUUGGUUUUUACCACAGUGAAAAGACAUUGUUUAUAUUAAAAAGCCAACAGGGACAGGUUAUAGACGCCAGAACCACUACAUUAAGCUGUAGUGGUUGUAGUGACUAUAGUUUUCCCUUUAAGGCUGACCCCCACCAGUCUUUUUAAGCUCAUAAAAGCACAUUGUAAGUGAUGAAGACAGGUGCCUAAUGGGAAAUCAAGUUCUGUGUGCUGUAGUGGUCAUGGUGUUUGUAGUGUUCCUUUAAUAAUGUACCAAUAAAGAACAAUGUUGUGCAAUAUUCUGUAUCUAUUUUAUUUUUGCUUUGUACACUAAAAAUAAGUUUUAAAAGAGAAAAUAAGACAAUAGGAUACUUUUGUAGUACAAAACAGUGGCAGAAAUAUUAAUAAAUGGGAAAACAAAAUAAUGAAAAAAAAAAAAAAAAAGCCAGUGAAGUUAUAAGUAAAGAAUACCUAAAUUGAUCAUUUACACCAGACAGAAGAAGUCACAAAAAAGACUCUGAUUAUUCUGAGACACUGAUAAAUCUCACUGUGUCUACAAUAGUGUCCCUGUAAAUCUUUCUACUGUCGCUAAGGAUAGGCAAGUGUUUUCUAAGUACACAAAGGUUGAUCACAUUAGUUUGACAAAUGUUUAAUGUUUGGCUAGCAUUCAGACACUUAUUUUACACUUGUUUGGGCAAAUGCAAAUGACAUUAUUCCGGUCUGCUGGCCAGGUUAGCUACAGCUUCUGCUUUGUACAUUGAGAUACAAGCAACCAGUGGAGUCCACGGAUCCAGAUCUCUGGGAAUAAGAACCAGAAUGAAACAUGUUUUCCUACAUUAUGUAUAGGAAAUAGUGUCUUAAAUUCUGCCCUCUAUUUAUUCUAUGCCUGGAUGCAUAAGGAACGGCCAGUAGAAGUUGUGAUUGUGAGCAAGAGAUUCUAAUUAUGUAUUACACUAGCACACUUAUCGGUAGUCAUUCUAAUGUCAAUAGAUUUUUUUGCAAGAUAAACUGGGGGGAAUGUUUUUUUUGGGGGGGUCGGGGACGGACACUCCACUUGUCCCUAUGGACCAGCCAUCACUGCUUCUAUUUUAUAUAAACUACAUUGUAUAUACAAAUAAGAUAUUAGGUAAUAUUUUAAUAUUUUAUCAUAGUUGUAGCCCUCAUCUUUCACACGUUGAAGGGAGAGGGUGAUAUUUGGACAGAAUGGGGAAAACACCCCAAAAUCCUCGAUACACCAAUCCUUCUGUCAAAAAAGGGCUCGCCCCAGACAUUCAGCAGUCUGUCAGACAAGGAUUUCGUGGGUAAAACUCAUACAUUUUUCUAGAUGUGUUUUUUGUAGUAAUAUGCAUUCAGGAAUAUAUAUAGCCUGUAUACACUUUUCUGGCUUUUGUGCUAGCUACAAAAUACAUUGUAAGUAUUUGAAACUUUAAAAUACUGACACACUGGAUACAUGCAUCUACACACAACGUAUAUACUGAAAGAGACGCUAUAGGCACUCUGACCACUGGCUAACCGUAGCUGGCUAGCAAUAUACUAGAUGGAAUAUGCCUGUACUAUUUUGUUUGGAAUUUAAUUCAUGACAUUUGCAAAGAUAUUUAAAGGAACACUAUAGUCACCUAAAUUACUUUAGCUAAAUAAAGCAGUUUUAGUGUAGAGAUCAUUCCCCUGCAAUUUCACUGCUCAAUUCACUGUCAUUUAGGAGUUAAAUCACUUUGUUUCUGUUUAUGCAGCCCUAGCCACACCUCCCCUGGCUAUGAUUGACAGAGCCUGCAUGAAAAAAAAACUGGUUUCACUUUCAAACAGAUGUAAUUUACCUUAAAUAAUUGUAUCUCAAUCUCUAAAUUGAACUUUAAUCACAUACAGGAGGCUCUUGCAGGGUCUAGCAAGCUAUUAACAUAGCAGGGGAUAAAAAAAAUCUUAAUUAAACAGAACUUGCAAUAAAGAAAGCCUAAACAGGGCUCUCUUUACAGGAAGUGUUUAUGGAAGGCUGUGCAAGUCACAUGCAGGGAGGUGUGACUAGGGUUCAUAAACAAAGGGAUUUAACUCCUAAAUGGCAGAGGAUUGAGCAGUGAGGCUGCAGGGGCAUGUUUUAUACACCAAAACUGCUUCAUUAAGCUAAAGUUGUUCAGGUGACUAUAGUGUCCUUUUAAGGAACACUCCAAGCAUCAUAUCCACUACUGCAUACUGUAGUAGUUAUGGUUGGUAUAGGUAAACUGUUUGCUCUCAGACAAUUAUUAUUAUGUUAUUAUUUAUAGAGCGCCGUCAAAUUCCGCAGCGCUUUACAAUGGGUGGAAGAACAAACAUGUAGUUGUAACCAGACAAGUUGGACACAGACAAGUUGGACACACAGGAACACAGGGGUUGGGGGCCCUGCUCAAUGAGCUUACAUCCUAGAGGGAGUGGGGUAAAGUGACACAAAAGGUAAGAAUAGUAUUAGACUAAUGACAGUUGCAGGAGAGGAAUCAGUCGGGAGCUAUUAACAGUUUAAUUGAUACGCUUUUAUGAAGAAGUGGGUUUUUAACAAUUUUUUGAAGGAGUGGAGGCUGGGUGAGCAUUUAACGGAGGAGGGAAGCGAGUUCCACAGGAACAAUGAGCUAGUUGUGCAAAUUUGGCAGUAACGCUAUUAAUUUUUAUUAUGCACUUUUGUUAAUUGUGAUGAACCUUGGCCUGUUGAUUAGUGCUGUCUCAUUACUUAAUUGUUAGUUUGAGAAAAAAAUUCACAGCAAAAUGAUCUUGUCUAUGCGAUGGACAUAUACAUACUUUUUGAGAUAAACUUUUUUUGUGUGUUUUAGGUUUUUAGGUGUGAUGCCUGCUUAUAGCGCAGCAGAUGAUGCUUUAACCACUAAAGUGGUGACUUUCUAUGAAAAUAAAACCUCCAGUGAACUUCCUUCCCAUCAAGCAACUGUUCUUUUAUUUGACCCAACCAAUGGAAUUCUGAAGGCAGUAAGUAUAUCUCAUGUUUUUGCAGAUGCUGUCUUUUAUCACUCUUCUGAAGGAUACUACCGAGUCAAAACGUUGACAUCAAAAUACAGAACAUGCUGCUGUGCUGCUAGCACUAUGAGGGCUUUCAAUAAAAUGAAUUUCAGAUUUAAGGUCAAAUAGCCGAACAAGAAAUAUUCAUUGUCAGCUUUGCUUUUAGUUUGGCUGCUCUGGCCUUAAAUCUGAAGUUCACUUUGAAUUAUUUAGUAAAUAAUCCUGUACAUCUGGAAUUCGAGGAUGUGGGGUGAAAUGGUAUUAUUGCAUCGUUUGACUGCUGUCUUAUAGUUUGACAGACCUUUUUAGGAAACUAUGCACUUGGCCGGACGAUAGACAAAUGACAUAAUAAUAUUGUUACGAACUGAUGUUCGUUGUAAGCGGGGGGGAGAAAAGUCUUUUAAAAUAGAGAAUGACAUAUGUAAAUUGUACCGCCAUGCAGCCAAAGUGGUCCAAAGUUAAAUGCAAAAAAUAUAACUUGCUCUAGCAGUUUGAUAUUUUUAUUAUUAUUAUUUUUUUUUAUUAAAGAAUAUGACUCAUUUUCCUUUAAUGUAUGCAUAAAAUUGUGCUGCCUUACAUGUAAAGUAUAAUCUGACUCACUUUGCUAGGGACUUAGAAUCUUAUUUUAAUUUUCAACUAUUUUAAUAUUUUUAAAAAAUAUUUUAAUAUUUUGUAAUAUUUUAACUUUUUUUUUUUAUCAUAUCAUAUAUUUUUUUUCUUGAGAAGAAGGUGGGGUGCCACCUAUAUGAGCACCACCACGCUUGUAUAGAGCCUUAAUUCUCAGGCUCUGGAAAUUGUGAGUUUUCUUUAUUUUGCACUUUAUUUGUAUGAGUACCAUCUGCACUAGCAUUUUUUUCUGUGUUUUUAUCCCCUUUUUUUAUGUAUUCAAGUACACCAGAAUCUCCACACUUAAUUCAAUAAGGGGUAAGCAAUUAUUGCAUGUAAAUACUAUCAAGCGCUCCACCCAUUUAUUGUUAAGAUUCUAUCUUGAUAAUUGUUGGUUUGGUAAAAAUAUUAAAUCAUUUGAAAGGUUAUUCAAAAACAUUACACGGAGACUAGGUGUCAAUACAAAGAUUUCCUGCAGGGGGAGCUCUAACCUUUCUCCAAGAUAACCUUUACAGGGUUCUUCAGCAAAGUGAGAAUUCAAAGAGAAUUUAACAUUUAAGGUCAAAAAUAGUCAAAUUGGAAAAAUUAAUUUACCCUAACCUUAAUUUUAUUAAAAUCCACUUUGCAUUCUCACUUUAGUGAAUACCGUUAGUAUUGCUUAUUCAUUAUACUUCAACAUUCACAGCCAUGUUAUUGAUAUUAUUGAGUCACUAAGCGUCUAAUUUUGGGGUGCAUUCAAAACUGAAUUGGCAAAUUUGGGCAGAAACAGCUGGUUUGGAAAAAUUCUCCAGUUUAACGAUAGUCACAUUUUGGCUAUUUAUGCCUCGACUUUGCAAUAUGCAUUUGCUCAGUACAAACUAGAGUUUACUAAGCCAUCACUGACAGACAGAAAAUGCAACAAUUAUCAACAUUGAUAAUCAGAUCCUUCCAGGAGUUGGUUUACAGAUUCAUUUAAACAAAUGUUGACUUUAAAAUGUAGGUCUUAAAAAUCCCCUGUCAUUAUAGCAAUGCUAUGAUGUCACUGCAUUGUCAUUGUAUCACAGUUUAUGAAAAUGGAGAUUAUUAUGAUGCUAGGUAUGCUGAUGUACCCAGUGUGAUAAUAACCCGAGGUACCCCUACAAUAGGUUUAGACGGCUAGGGAUGAAGGGUUACUCCAAACAAAAAAAUCCUGCGUUUUUAGAAAACACGGGUUUUGGUGAGCGUAACCCUUCCUAUACUGAUCAAACCCCCAAAAAGUACAUAAUAACAUUGAAUAUGGUUAAAACUUACCUCCGUUCCAGCAAUGAAGCCUUGUUCCUCUGCAGGCUGAUCUUCCUUAGCUGAUGUCACUCAACGCGACGGGACGGAUGUUAAAGAGAAUGGCUGAGGGGAGGACAUGGGCUACAUGGAUUGGAGGCCAUGCCGCUAUUGGCUCUCUGACACCAGCGUGCUCUUCUUACUGGCGUCAGAAGCCUGAUUUGAUGAAGCCAGAGAUGGUGGUACAUCUCCAGCAGCAAAUGGUUAAAUUUGUAUCUGCUCUGUUUUUUUUUUAAUAAUGAAAUUCUACAAAUACAGACUCUAAACACAAGGACCAAUUCAAAUUAGUGAAGUGGUUAUGGUGCUUGGAGUAACCCUUUCAGUGGUAAUUGCAGUCUAGUUCUGACAACACAUUGCAUUCAAUGUUCAGAAUGGUUGUUAUACUGUUCCUAUACAGUGUGUUAGUUAAUCCUGAUACUCAUGUGCAGAAAAGCCAAAAAUGAUUAUUCACUAUAUUUUUUCAGUAUCUUGCAAAAGCAGAUCCCCUAAGGUAAAAGCGGAACUUGGCUCCCAAUUUAGUAUUGUCACGCCGGAAUCAGAGUACUGGAGGUGUUUUCUCUUUAAGCAGAUUUAACCUUAUAUGCGGAAAGUAUUUUUUGAAUCCAGUAAAUAAAAAUGGAUAUUACUAUUAAAAGUCCUGCUAUGGCUUUUUUUUCAUGUAAAUAAACUUUUCAAAGCUUUCUAUCCUUUCUGACAGACACACUUACUGAAUUAACUCCUGGUGAAUCCCAUUUAAAUUUAAUAUGGACUGGCUUGAGUUGAUAUAAUUUGCAUGAAUAGGACUGUCACAGAGGAAUCAUGGGAAAACCAGCAAAUUUGCAUAAGGAGAAUGGACCUUUCUGAGCCAAUUGCCCAUUUUACUUGGCUGAGUGCAAUUAUAUUAUAGACACAUUUACUUGCUAUUUUUUCAAACAAUUAACAUCAGUAAUGUUUGUUCAGAUGAAUACUUUAAAACACCAAAAAUAGCCAUUUGACAGUAAGUCACUCACUCACACGGAGCUUUAGGCAAAAUGUAAAAGCUAAUUAUUUGUGAGAUUAUCUUUUCUUACAAAGACCCCCUGGAAGGGGGAAAGGGGUUAAAACUUACCUUUUUCCAGCGCUGGGCGGGGAGCUCUCCUCCUCCGAUCCUCCUCUUCUCCUCCCCGUCGGCUGAAUGCGCACGAGCGGCAAGAGCUGCGCGCGCAUUCUGCCGGUCACAUAGGAAAGCAUUCAUAAUGCUUUCCUAUGGACGCUGGCGUGCUCUCACUGUGAAAAUCACAGUGAGAAGCACGCAAGCGCCUCUGGUGGCUGUCAAUGAGACAGCCACUAGAGGAAAUAGGGGAAGGCUUAACCCAUUCAUAAGCAUAGCAGUUUCUCUGAAACUGCUAUGUUUAUGAAAGAAUGGGUUAACCCUAGCUGGACCUGGCACCCAGACCACUUCAUUAAGCUGAAGUGGUCUGGGUGCCUAGAGUGGUCCUUUAAGUAAAUGCUUAGCUAUUGAUGGCACAAUGUAAAUGUGUCUAAAAUCACAUGGAUUUAAUCAGAUUUCUGCAUGCAGGGCAUUUGAGUACGAGGAGGUGUUCAAAUCGUGGACCUUCCUCUGCUGCUCAACAACAACUCCCAUUAACCUUUGCAAUACACUUGCAAGUGUUCGUGGGAGUUGUAGUUUGCAAGCCACUGGAGGUGCACUGUCAUAAUAGCCUGCAGAUGAGAAUAUCUGAUUUAUAUUAAACAUGUUUUAAAUCAAGGAAGCUGAUUAUUCAUCAGUAGAAAGCCCAGAGGGAGAUCUUCGUUCUCUACGCGUUUGUACCGCAGCUUUUCCCAGUAACAUCAAAGUCAGAGCAGCAUGCUGCGUUCUCUCACUGGCUUAUAAUACACAGUCAAUGUUCCUGUUCUGUUAACGUGCUGUUCCGAUUCUGUCUUCUAUUUAAAAUUUUAUUGGAAUUUCAUCUGUUCUAACUGUACAGGAACGUUUACCAACAGUCGAUUUGAUUUAAAUGGUAGUGUCAACCAGGGCGGCUGAAAUUCUAUGAUCAACUUUAAGUUCAUUUCUCCAUGACAGGCCAGUAAAAGCUCCAGAAAUGCCGGAACCUUGCGUGGAAUUACCAAGGUCCCAGUAAAGGUGUUCAUCGCUCGAAGAAUCAGCAUAGCAAUAGAUUACUGAGCUCACCAGUAGCUAACGUUUACUAUUCCAAUUCUAAUUGGUUAUUAAGUUCUGCAAGCGGGGGAGUGUGUCUUCAAGCUGUGCUCGUAUACUGUCGAGGGAAGUAUUAGAUCUGAUUAUAUCCUGAAAUUUGAGACAACUGCAUUGAAAAUCAACCUUAAGUGCUAAAGUUAGCUGAGAAUGACAACGCUUUUAUUAUUAUUAUUAUUUGGUAUUUAUAUAGCGCCAACAUAUUUUGUAGCGCAGUACGAUCAUGGGAAUAAGACAAAUAAUGACCAUGUACCGAAACAAAGAGGAGCAGAAAACCCAGCAUUUGAGCUUAGAAUCUAGCAAGUACAGUUCUUAGCAAGAUAACUCGUGAGCUUACGAUCUAAAGGUAAUAAUGGGGAGUUAAAACAUGAGAUGGCGGGGGGGGGAGGAGGAGGGUUUGAAGCUGAUGGCCAGAUAUCUGGGGACAAUUGUAAAUAUUGUGCCAGAGUUAAAUAGUUAAGUUCAGAGACAUCUGAAUGAACAUCCUAUAAGAAAAAGAGGGUUAGUGGUAGCAACAUUUGUCAAAUGUUUGAUUUUGAGUUGUUGAAGUCAUCCUAAUGCCAGAAUUUGCUAUUUCGUGCCCAUUUUGUUUCCAAAUUACAUGACAGAUGCAUAGUCGCCAUAUGGGCGGGCGGAAUAAAACCCCCCACAUACCUAACCCAAUAAGACAAGGACAUUAAGGUCUAUGGGUUAAAAUUUGCACAGCUUUUAUUAAUACAUUUUUAAAUGGUUACCACUACACCCACCAGGUUCUGAGCCACCGACAAGCUCGAAACCUACCAGGAACCAUAUUAACCGUUUCCAAAACCAGCAUAAAAAAGGGCCUAUUUUCCUAACCUUCAGCUCACUAUCCCGCCGCUGUGACAUAACGGGAUAACCGAACAACAACUUACCCAAGGGAGGGAGGGCCCGCCUCCUAGCCCUGUCAAGGCCCCUUCCCACUAAGCUGUGCUUUUGUUACAUGUGGCUACAAAACUACCAGCUCUUCCCAGCUACCCAGGUAAACCCCUUCUUGGCUUUUGCUAUGAAUUUGACUGGAUGACUGAGCGUGAUGGGGACUUGAGUACCCUAGUCUGCUGAUUUUCAUGAUUUUCAUGUAACGAUUGAUUUCUGUUUCUAAAAGGGUUUUUUCGCUAACGUUUUGUCAGAAUUCAAAGUGAAUUUUAAAUUUUAAAGCCAAAAUAGCUAAAUUGCAAAAAAAAAAAAAUCUUGCUAUUUUGACCUAAAAUUUUAAAUAUACUUUAAAUUCACUUUGCAUUCCUGACAGUCACACUUUAGUAAUUAACCCCAAGGUGUUACCCAUCCCAUUUUACCAGGGUAAAUUCACAGAAUCCCAGCAGGAGUUUGUAUGGGAAGUUAGGUUUGAAAUGUAUUAUUCAUAAUCUACGGUAGUUAUUUAUAGCAGUACUAGCAUGAUCGAUGUUUCAGUAUCAUACUGGAUUUGCAAAGGAUGCACUGACGCAUUAGCUAAGUCACUUUAUAGAUAAUAUCAUAUUUAUUAACCAUGUGCUGUCUUUUGAGAGUAAAAAAUAUAGAAAUAAAUGUAAGCAAUCUGUCAACUGGCUAGGCCAACAGUUAAAAAACAAAGCCAUACUUCCAUGCUCAUUCUCCACAAUGUUGAAUAAUUUUAUUUUUGCUCUUCCUACAAUCAUAAAUUGUGUGUAUAACGGACUUUGAGAAAAAAAUAAAAAGAGAAUGCGAAAUAUGUUAACUGUCACAUUCUUAUCUUGUGAAAAAGAUAAAUUACUUCCCAAAAGGAGGUAAUGGUUGAUCUUGUCACAGACAACAUUUGUGGAUUUUUUUUCCCCCCAUGAUGCUCUGCUAGCCCAAGGUCUGCCAGCCAUUAUUUUCCUAGAGAAAUAAAAAAAAAAAGGGGAAAUUCAUUCAGGAAACCAAUAGGGGUUUUUAUGAUAUCAAAUAAAUUGGCCUAGACCCAAUAUUAAAUGUGGAACCAAAUUAUAUAAAAAAAAUUUGUUUUCUGUAAAUCUUUUUUUUUUUUUUAAAUCACAGCAUAGUAAGUAAAAAUUAUUAUUUGGGAAAUGUGUCUGCAAGUCCUAUUCACUCCUCCUGCAACCCAGCUCUUGAAAACACUAAAUUUAUAACCUGGUUUGUUAUGUGUCUGUAACAUGGCAUGUCCUCUCAUCAAUGUGCGGCCACUAUGGUCAAUGCCUAUGCAAACCCACCUUCAUCUUAAAAGAACACUCCAAGUACCAUAACCACUACAAUGCACUGGAUGAUCAUGCAUUUUCACAUUGUGGUAAAUAUCUAAUGGGAAAGUCCCUAGUUGAGAAUAGUCUUAAUUAAUAAGAUUUUCUCUCACCUUAUUUUACAUUUUCUCAAUUAAAGUACAAUUCAAGCACCAUACCCACUAUGGAUUGCUGUAGUGGUUCUGGUGCCAGCCAGGAGUUCCAUUUCACCACUUACCCCUCUUUGUAAAAAUUCAAACAGUUUUUUAAUGGUUUGACUUCUUACCUCGGGUCUGCUGCGCACCGUUCUACACUUUCAUUGCAGAUGCACUAACAGCUCUGCCUGUAAGUGGAGAGGCUGAUUAUGUCCAUCGCCAGAUCAAUAUUUGUGCUGACAAGAGAGAUAUAGGCAGCAUUUCAUGUUGCGCUGUAGUAAUUAUAGUGCCAGGAGUCGCCUGGCUCCCUUCCCACCUCCAAUCUUCGCCGAUAUAACUAAAGCAUGCAUUCCCCACCAACUCUAGAACAAUCUGUUCAGUCCAAAUUUAGAUGAAAUUCAUACAGUGCAUAAAAAUAAACUUUAAAAAAGUGUUCACUUCCAGGCUGGCUUGUCUCUUUAACUAUCAUGCCUAAAAAAUGGAUUUGAAUUGUAACUUUUAGGACAGAUUAAUUUUAGGACAGUAUUAAACAUGACAUAUUAAGUUGUUUGAUUGCAAGUUGUAUUAAGCACUGUGUGUCAUUAUUUGGGGAUUUAGGUCAUUGAUGGAAAAGUAAUCACAGAUAAGAGAACGGCUGCAGUUUCCACAAUCGCAACAAAGGUGAGAAGACCUUUUUUUUUUUUUUUUUUUAAUACACAGCUCUAAUCCUACUUUAUUUAUUUAUGGCACAAUUCAUUCAUUACUGAGGAUAUGUUUAGAGAAAAUAUCCUUGUUUUACAUCCCAACAUUUUAACACAGAUUAUAAAAAUUACAUAUGUGCUGUGUUGUAAUUAAAAAUGAGGUGCUGAAAUUUUUUUAAGCAUCCUCUAACAAUGUUUAUUCAUGAGGUUUUAGAAAUGCUAUUUAGCAAGUUGUUAAUAAAUUCAUCCACAUAUUGGAAUUAUUGUAGCCGGUGAUAGACUGACCACAUAUUAUUUUGCUUUGUGAUCACUAAGGCACAAAUAGAGAUAUUUCAAGAGAAUGCUCAUUAUUGUAAAUUUUUAUUUUCUCCCACACCAUUCAAUUUUAUGAUCUAUUUUUUAAUUUUUAGUCAUUUUCCUGUCCUUAUAUUAUCAGCUAACAAUUCCUUUAGUGAUGGGUUUAGGUGGUUUUAGGGAAGGGGGGGUCACUUUUAAUUAUUUGAGACAUAUAUAUCCAGAGUCCUUAUUUAUUAGACCUAUUUUGGGCAAAAAUUCCCCUGUCCCUCCCUUUUCGAUCAUUGUCUUUUUUAGAGUGGAGGAGUUAGUGUAUGACAUCACGGCACAGAAGUGACCAUAACUUUUUCAAACUCCAAUAAUAUAUAUGUUUAUGAUUUAGCUUAUGUAAACGCAGUGUUAAUUGUGUCGGCUAACAAUUUUAGUCAUUUACAACUUUAAAGAAUAAUGAUUUCAUACUCCAUUUACCUCUAAUUGUUCUACUUAGACUUUUCAGUGCUGUGUUCCGAAUAUCAAUGACUAAAGACAUCAUUAGGGCAUUUCUAGAAGCUCCAGUCAAAAAACAAAAACACGAGCAAUCAGUAUUUAGGUUUUCAUAAAACAAUCCAUUUUCGUUCCAGCUGCUCAAGUCUCCGCAUGCUGAAGUUUUGUGUAUUCUGGGAUCAGGCGCUCAAGCACUGAGCCAUUACCAAGCUUUUACACAACAGUUCUCAUUCACAGAGGUAAAUGAAAUGUUAGUGGGGUCUAAAUGGUUUGGAAAGUUGCCCUUUGCUUUGUCCGUGUUAAGCUCUACGUUUCUAAAGAACCUGUUAACUGUUUCACUACACCUCCAUUGAUAUUUUUAUCAUACUGAUUAUGAUGUAAGCUCAAAUGUUGCUGUUUCUUUUUUUACAUUCAGUGUGGUUUGUAUUAUAUGAGAUCCAUUUACUUUUGAUUAAAGGACCACUCUAGGCACCCAGACCACCUCAGCUUAAUGAAGUGGUCUGGGUGUCAGGUCCAGCUAGGGUUAACCCAUUCUUUUAUAAACAUAGCAGUUUCAAAGAAACUGCUAUGUUUAUGAAUGGGUUAAGCCUUCCCCCAAAUCCUCUAGUGGCUGUCUCAUUGACAGCCGCUAGAGGCGCUUGCGUGAUUCUCACUGUGAAAAUCACAGUGAGAGCACGCAAGCGUCCAUAAGAAAGCAUUGAUAAUGCUUUCCUAUGCGACCGGCUGAAUGCGCGCGCAGCUCUUGCCGCGCGUGCGCAUUCAGCCGACGGGGAGGAGAGGAGGAGGAUCGGAGGCAGAGAGCUCCCCGCCCAGCGCUUGAAAAAGGUAAGUUUUUACCACUUUCCCCCUUCCAGAGCUGGGCGGGAGGGGGACCCUGAGGGUGGGGGCACCCUUAGGGCACUAUAGUGCCAGGAAAACGAGUAUGUUUUCCUGGCACUAUAGUGGUCCUUUAAGGAAUACCAGAUUUCAAGCACAUUGUGUCAAGGACAGAUGCCCUAACUCACAAACAAUUAGGCAAAUAGAACCCUCUAAACAGAACAGACGUAUUAAUGGACCUAAGUGUGGUUAGACUUAAUGUAUAGAGGAGGUAAAGGGUAUAGAAUAGUCAGGGCUGGUGCAAGGAUUUUUGCCCGCCCUAAAAAAAAAAAAAUUUGCCGUCCCAUUCACUCCAUCAACUAAUGCAGACUGACACAAGCUGACCCAAGCAGACUGACUCACACACACCCAUGCAGAGUGAUGCACGCACUGACCAAUUGUAGCGUUACUUACCUUAACCGGGGGCCGGUCGCGGUCCUCUCUUCAAGCCGCGCGCGGUCCUGCGGCUGCACGAGCCGCGCGCGGCUCAUCCGACUGCUUCAGAUGGAAGGCGGGCAGUGACCGCGUGGAGCGGUCACGUGUCCCGCCUGAAACUAAGAGCGCGCCGCGAGUCUCGGGCGCGCUCUUAAAGAGACAGUGGGAGCCUAAUUGCCAAAAGGCUCCCAUUGGCUCCUGUCAUACCACACUCCCUGUACAAUUACCUAUAGGGGGUGUGGAAGUGACAGGAGCCAAUCACUUUGGUUUAAAAGCUAUUUAACUUACCUUUUUCCCUUAGCUCGUUGCCCUAUCGUGGUUUCUGUUCCAGUUCCCUUUAGCGCUUGUGGUGUUCAGUUGUGUUCUCUCGUAUUGACUUUGGCUUCGUAUUCUGACUUCGUUUUCGCUUUAUCCUUAUCUGUACUGUUUGCCGGCUUGCUGUUUUCCGUGUACCAGACCCCGGCUUGUCCUAGUUUACGCUGUCUCUCUGUGCCCUUGACCUCGGUUUGUUCCUGGCUCUGUCUCCUCUCAUAUACGUCGAGUCCGGCCAUUCUAAGGUCCGGUAGACGUAUCUCUCCUCUGUAUCUGCCUCUGUUUAGCUGGAUCCUGCGUGUAGGGGUAUAUUCUCGUUACAUUACGAUAGGGCCAUGGACCCCGCAGAUUUAGCUCAACAGAUGGCGUCCCAUGAGGCAAGAUUUGUAGAGCAGGAUCACCGGAUGGAUCAGAUAGCUCAGGCUCUCCAGACGCUCCUAGCUAGAACCGUUCCAGCAACCACACCUAACCCUCCUACGCCCCUUCUCCCUGAAGUAUCUACUUUGCCUAAUACUUCGGCCCAUUUAACACCUCCUCCUAGGUAUGGAGGGGACUCUAAGACUUGCAGAGGGUUUAUUAAUCAAAUUGAAUUCCACUUCGAAAUGUAUCCACGUUCAUUUCCCACAGAGAGGUCUAAGGUUGGGUUCUUUAUGCACCAACUCACCGAUAAGGCACUUGAGUGGGCAAAUCCUAUUUGGGAAGCUAAUGGACCUAUGGUGCAUGAUUUCAACAGUUUUCUUACGGCUUUUCGUAGAACUUUUGACACAAUGAAAAGGUCAAAGAAUGCCGCGAGAGCAUUAAUGAGAAUUAAACAGGGUUCUAGGUCUGUGGCUGAUUAUGCUAUUCAGUUUCGCACUCUUGCUUCGCAGGUAGAUUGGACCAACAAUGGGUUAACUACUGCCUUUAUGGAAGGUUUGUCAGAUACGAUAUUGGAUGAGGUAGCAGCUAAGGAGCUUCCUAUUGCCUUAGAGGACCUUAUCGAUUACCUCAUUGAUAUAGAUAAUAGAAUUCGUGACAGGCUCUAUACCAAGAACAGGAAUAGACGUUUUGUUACACCCAUUAACCCCAGAGUUAAUAUACCAGAGAGUGUUAAAGUGUCUGAGGAGGAACCUAUGCAAUUAGGGGUUGCCAAACUCUCUGAUACUGAGAAAUUACAUAGGAGAAGGGAGGGACUCUGCCUAUACUGUGGUAGGAGAGACCAUAUGGUAAAGGAAUGUCCUUUACUCCCGGAAAACUCUCGCACCUAAGACCUUAUAGGGGACUGGCCUUGGGUGUGAUAUCUAAGUCUCCUAAAUUGCCUCCUAACCGCUUGCUUCUCCCGGUUUCUUUAUAUAUGGGAGAGAUUUGUAUAGUUGACAACAUAUAUGCUCUGGUUGACUCUGGGGCAGCUGAAAAUUUUAUAGACUCUGGCUUUAUAAAGAGAAACAACAUUCCCAUCAGAGAGAAGGAGAUACCCUUGGCCGUUGAGGCCAUAGAUGGUAGACCAUUAAGUUCUCCAGUUGUCACUCAUGAGACUGUACCAUUACACAUGUACACAGGGGUUUUACACUAUGAAACCAUUCGAUUCCAGGUCAUCACCUCUCCCUCUUCCCAGUUAGUAUUAGGGUAUCCAUGGUUACGUGCUCACAAUCCCAUUUUUGACUGGGAGACAGGGCAAAUAAAAUCAUGGAGUGAGGCCUGCCACAAGUCUUGUACGUUGGAAGUCACACCUUUGAAUUCUAUUGAGGUACCUACCAGUCCUCCUUUGUCUACGGUUAUACCCCCUCAGUAUUUAUCUCUUAAGACUGUUUUUGAUAAAAGGGAGGCUGAGAAAUUACCGCCUCACAGACCCUAUGAUUGCGCUAUUGACUUGUUGCCUGGCACUAUACCUCCAAAGGGCAGGGUGUACCCCUUAUCGGUUCAAGAAAACCGUGUCAUGGAGGAGUAUAUUAAGGAGUCAUUAGAAAAGGGGUUUAUUAGGAGAUCCUCUUCUCCAGCUGGAGCAGGGUUCUUCUUUGUAUCGAAGAAAGAAGGUGAUUUAAGACCGUGUAUAGAUUAUAGAGGUCUAAACAAAAUCACUAUCAAAAAUGCAUACCCUAUACCUUUAAUUACAGAAUUAUUUGACAGGCUGAAACAUGCCACUGUGUUCACUAAAUUAGACCUUAGGAGUGCAUACAAUUUGAUACGUAUAAAGGAAAAUCACGAAUGGAAGACUGCAUUCAACACUAGAUCCGGUCAUUACGAAUAUACUGUUAUGCCAUUUGGGCUUUGCAAUGCCCCAGCAGUAUUCCAAGAAUUUAUUAAUGAUGUCUUAAGAGAUUUUAUUCACACAUUUGUUAUCGUAUACUUGGACGACAUUUUAAUAUAUUCUACAGAUAUACACACUCAUCACAGACAUGUUACGACAGUUUUGAAGACCCUUCUUGCUAAUGGUCUUUAUUGCAAGCUAGAAAAAUGUUUGUUUGACCAAACCGAAGUCCAGUUCUUGGGGUAUUUGAUUUCCGCUAAAGGUUUUCGUAUGGAUCCCCAGAAGCUUGCUGCUGUAAUAGAAUGGCCUCUACCGCAAGGUCUGAAAGCUAUUCAGCGUUUUCUUGGGUUCUCCAAUUAUUAUAGACGUUUUAUCAAAGGUUUCUCGUCCAUUGUAGCACCUAUUACCCGUAUGACUAAAAAGGAUGGCAAUACUCGUGUUUGGUCUACCGAGGCACUUCAGGCUUUUGAAUUUCUUAAAACUACGUUCGCCUCUGCACCUAUUUUACAGCAUCCUGUCCCCUCACUGCCCUAUAUUCUUGAAGUUGAUGCUUCGGAUAUUGGGGUAGGUGCUGUCUUAUCCCAAAGAGAGUCGCCUGAAAAGCCAUUGCAUCCAUGCGGCUUCUUUUCUAAACAAAUGUCCAAAGCAGAGAAAAAUUAUGAUGUGGGUAAUCGCGAACUCCUUGCUAUUAUUUUAGCACUUAAAGAGUGGAGACAUUUGUUAGAAGGAACUAAGGAUCCUAUCCUCAUUUUUACGGAUCACAAGAACCUAUCCUACCUUAGCGAAGCCAAAAGAUUGUCUUCCAGGCAGGCUAGGUGGUCACUAUUUUUGUCCCGUUUCAAUUUUAUUAUCACCUAUAGGCCAGGUGAUCGCAACACUAAAGCAGACGCUCUGUCCAGACAGUUCGAAACUACUGACAAACAGGAGAUUGAUGUUACUCCUGUCAUUCCCCCAGACAGGAUAAUAGCUACUACUAUUUUGUCUAUUUCCUCGUCCCUCUUGCAGGCCAUACAAGCGAAACAAAGCAUGGCACCUAGCGAGAGGCCUAAUGAUAAACUGUUCGUUGAUGUUCCUGAGAGACGGGAUAUUAUGUCAUUAUAUCAUGAUACUAAGACUGCUGGACAUCCUGGUAUUUCCAAAACGGUGUCAGCUGUUUCUCGGUAUUUUUGGUGGGAUUCCUUACGAAAGGAUGUCACUGACUAUAUAAGUGCUUGUACUACUUGUGCCUGUAUGAAAUCCUCCCGUAGAGUUCCUUGUGGGCUGUUGCAUCCGUUACCCGUUCCCGAGAGACCUUGGUCUAACCUGUCCAUGGAUUUUAUUGUUGAAUUACCCCCUUCAAAUGGUAACACAGUAAUCCUGAUGAUAGUGGAUCGGUUCUCCAAAAUGGCUCACUUCGUGUCUCUUCACAAGUUGCCCACAUCCAAGGAACUGGCUCAUAUCUUCGCUAGAGAAGUAUUUCGAUUACAUGGGAUUCCCGUAUCUAUUGUAUCCGAUAGGGGUAGCCAAUUUAUUUCCAGGUUCUGGAGGGCCUUUUGUUCAGAAAUGGGUAUUUCUCUCUCAUUUUCUUCCGCUUAUCAUCCCCAGUCUAAUGGGGCUGCUGAACGUGCCAACCAGUCUCUGGAGCAAUACCUCCGUUGUUUUGUGUCUCACCAUCAGGACAAUUGGUCUGACCUGCUUCCUUGGGCUGAAUUUGCUCGGAAUAACGCCACUCAUGAUUCUUCCGGCAAGACCCCUUUUUACGUUGUCUAUGGCCAGCAUCCCGUUGUUCUUCCGGCUGCAUUCUCCUCACAGGGCAUGCCAGUUCUGGAUGAGCAUUUGGCUGGUUUGCGUAAUACUUGGGAGCAGGUUCAGCGUUCUUUGGUGGACUCUGCUACUCGCCAGAAGGCUCAGGCUGACAAGCAUCGCAGAGCAGCUCCGUCCUAUGUUGUGGGGGACAGGGUUUUGCUUUCCACGCGGAAUAUUCGUCUCCGGGUGCCUUCUAUGAAAUUGGCUCCCCGCUUCAUUGGACCUUAUCGUAUUAUACAUAAGGUUAAUCCUGUUUCUUAUGCCUUAGGCCUGCCUAAGAAUCUACGUAUUCCUAAUGUUUUUCACACCUCAUUGUUGAAACCUUUCGUACGCAACCGCUAUACCCGGCAUACUCCUCCUCCCCCUCCUAUCUCGGUGGAGGGUCAUGAGGAGUUUGAAGUGUCUGCUGUUCUUGACUCUCGUUUCCUUAGGGGUCGACUUCAGUACUUGGUACAUUGGAAGGGUUAUGGGCCUGAGGAGCACAGUUGGAUUUCGGCUGAUGCUGUCCAUGCUCCCCGUCUUGUGCGCUCUUUCCAUUCUCGUUUUCCUGCCAGGCCUGGUCCUACCCGCCCGGGGGGCGUGUCCUCAGGGGGGGGUACUGUAGCGUUACUUACCUUAACCGGGGGCCGGUCGCGGUCCUCUCUUCAAGCCGCGCGCGGUCCUGCGGCUGCACGAGCCGCGCGCGGCUCAUCCGACUGCUUCAGAUGGAAGGCGGGCAGUGACCGCGUGGAGCGGUCACGUGUCCCGCCUGAAACUAAGAGCGCGCCGCGAGUCUCGGGCGCGCUCUUAAAGAGACAGUGGGAACCUAAUUGCCAAAAGGCUCCCAUUGGCUCCUGUCAUACCACACUCCCUGUACAAUUACCUAUAGGGGGUGUGGAAGUGACAGGAGCCAAUCACUUUGGUUUAAAAGCUAUUUAACUUACCUUUUUCCCUUAGCUCGUUGCCCUAUCGUGGUUUCUGUUCCAGUUCCCUUUAGCGCUUGUGGUGUUCAGUUGUGUUCUCUCGUAUUGACUUUGGCUUCGUAUUCUGACUUCGUUUUCGCUUUAUCCUUAUCUGUACUGUUUGCCGGCUUGCUGUUUUCCGUGUACCAGACCCGGCUUGUCCUAGUUUACGCUGUCUCUCUGUGCCCUUGACCUCGGUUUGUUCCUGGCUCUGUCUCCUCUCAUAUACGUCGAGUCCGGCCAUUCUAAGGUCCGGUAGACGUAUCUCUCCUCUGUAUCUGCCUCUGUUUAGCUGGAUCCUGCGUGUAGGGGUAUAUUCUCGUUACACCAAUGCAGACAGAUUUAUACACACUGACACAUGCAGACUGACGCACACAGACACUGACCCAUUCUGACACACAUACACACAGACUGACCCGUGCAGACUCACACAUACAAGCACACAAACUGAUGCAUACAGACACACUGUGACCCAUACAGACACACACUGAUCCAUACAGACACAGACAGAUCCAUGCAGACACACUGACCCAUACAUACACACACAAUGACCCAUACAUACACACACAAUGACCCAGACAGACACACACAAUGACCCAGACAGACACACACAAUGACCCACACACACACAAUGACCCAGACACACAAACUCUGACCCAGGCAGACGCACACUGACCCAGGCAGACGCACACUGACCCAGACAGACACACACUGACCCAGACAGACACACACUGAUCCAUACAGACACACACUGACCCAGACAGACGCACAUUCUAUGAAACACAUACAUUAACCCUCUUACCUUAAAGGACCACUCUAGGCACCCAGACCACUUCAGCUUAAUGGGUGCCAGGUCCUUCUAGGGUUAACUCAUGGGUGCCAGGUCCUUCUAGGGUUAACUCAUUUUUUCAUAAUUAUAGCAGUUUCAGAGAAACUGCUAUAAUUAUGAAUGGGUUAAGCCUUCCCCCAAAGCCUCUAGUGGCUGUCUCAUUGACAGCCACUAGAGGCGCUUGCGUGCUUCUCACUGUGAAAAUCACAGUGAGAGCAUGCCAGCGUCCAUAGGAAAGCAUUGUAAAUGCUUUCCUAUGCGACUGGCUGAAUGCGCGCGCCGCUCUUGCCGCGCGUGCGCAUUCAGCCGGCGGGGAGGAUCGGAGGAGGAGAGCUCCCCGCCCAGCGCUGGGAAAAGGUAAGUUUAAACCCCUUUCCCCCUUCCAGAGCCGGGCGGGAGGGGGACCCUGAGGGUGGGGGCACCCUCAGGGCACUAUAGUGCCAGGAAAACGAGUAUGUUUUCCUGGCACUAUAGUGGUCCUUUAAUUUCACAUAGCAGUGCUGUUUUUGUAUUUCAGGAAUCUUGGGUCAGUUUCCUGGUGGCGGAUCGUUCUCCCUGUCUUAGCCCCACUGCUAUGCUCCUGCCCAUUUCGCCUCACUUACAGGGCAAGGGGCGGGAACAAGCUAAUAAUGCAAUCUUGCGUUGCCACCGCAAUGGAUGUCUGGGAGGGGGCAAGGCAUUGUGAGCUGAGGUCAUUUAUGAAUGCCACCGGACCAGUGUUCUACCGGGCGCUAGUCAGCAGGCAUGUAAGUACUCCCUAGCGCCCGGUAACAUAGCCGGGGGCUGCUCUAAAGAAUUAAUACAGCUCUUGGUAGGGGGGCGGCCAAAUGAGCAGUAAAUCCACUACUGGCACACCCCCUUUAAGCAGCACCCUAGGUGGCCGCCUAAUUGGCCUAUAGGAAGCGCCGGCCCUGAGAAUAGUCAGAUAUUGGCCUAGGUCAGAACUGGAGACAGAUGGAAAAACGAGUAUAACAGAAAGUCAGUUACCAGCAAUACUAAGGGUAAAGGAAUGCACUCUCGGGCUAACAAUAACCAUGACAGGGCAAUGAAGAGAGAUGUGUUAUAUAGACCCCUGUGCCUUUGAUUGGCCCAUGUCAAGUGUGAUGCUAAAAUAAACGCGACUAGUGUUAUGUGGGCAAAGAGUACCACAAGACGUAGACAAGACUUGAAUAAAAGGAGAGAGACAGAGCAUUCCGCAUCAUUUCCAACACUGGAAUCGCUAGAUCGGGAGAGAGCUCCCAAGACCGCUGAAGGAUGUCUGGCAGGUAUGUCACAUUGCCAUAGAAAUUAGAGAUGAAUAAAUGGCAUUUGGCUCCGUUAUGAGUAUAUACUUAUUAAUUAUCAUCUUUGAUGUGAACAGGGAAAAAAAGGAAAUUAUGCAUGAAUUCAGAGCAGGGUUAACCAUAGGUGGCUGCUUAGGGUCCAGGUACCUGGACAUUACGCAGGUAAUGCAACUGCAGGAUGGGAUCCUGAGCAAACUGAUUUUAAUCACUUGGAUAAUGAGAAAUGCAGUUUUCAUUGGAGAGAUAACUGUUUUUCUUGUUUGUUCCAUUUGGAAGUAAGCAACUCCUUGAUGGAUUCCUUCAGGGGAAAUGCAAGCUUCUGCUUCAAGUCUGCAAAUGUACAUCUGUUGCUUCUGCUUAGGGGCUCCAACACAAAGUUCCACUAAUUUUCUUUCCAGAUAAAUACAUUUAUCCACCAUCAAGGAACUUUGUAGCACUUCCAUCUCACUCUCCAACAAAUCUACUUGAUCCAGAACAUUAAAGUGACAUCAGGGAACUAACACACCCACUUCUGAUGACUCUCAGAACAACUUAGUCUAUCGGGCUCCAAGUUUUUUUGUUUUUGUUAUUUUAGUAAGGGACCACCUGGCAAAUUACCAGGAGUAUUUGGGGAGAAGGAGAUGAAGAUGACAAAUAGAAGAGUUAGAUAAUCUUCUAGUUGAGGAAAUAGCUAAAAUGACAAUGAAGGGGGAAGUUAUCAUCAUGGGUGACUUUAAUCUUCCUGAUAUGUACUGGAAAACCAAAAUAGCUGCUUGUGCCAGGAGCACACAUAUUCUAAACUCCCUACUGGGAUUGUCUCUAAAGCAAGUCGUUGAAGAGCCAACUAAAUUUAGUGUUAACAAAUGGAUAUUUGGUAUCAGAUGUUACUGUAGGUGAAAGUUUAGGAUCCAGCAAUCACAAGUCAGUGUGGUUUAAUAUAAGAACAGUGACUGAGUCACACCACACAAAAACAAAAGUUUUAGACUUUAGAAAAACAGACUUUUCUAAUAUUAUAAUAUGUGUAAAGGAGUCAUUAUCAGACUGGAGCAAUUUAAAUGUAGUCCAAGAGAAAUGGGAUUAUUUAAAAGUUGCACUGCUGAAGGCAACAGAAAGUUGCAUUAGACCUGUCAGUAAAAGCGAAAAAUUCAAGAAACCACUGUGGUACUCCGCAGAUGUGGCCAAAAUAGUAAAAAACAAAAGGUUAGCAUUUAGUAAUUAUAAAAAAACCCAGAGUGAGGAAGACAGAAUGCUCUAUAAGAUUAGGCAGAAAGAGGCUAAGCAAGUUAUAAGAGCUUCCAAAUCACACACAGAAGAGAAAAUAGCACAGCCAGUAAAAAAGGGAGGAAAAACAUUUUUUAGAUACAUAAAUGUGAAAAGGAAAACAAGGAUUAGUUAGAUUAAAAACAAAAGAAGGAAGGCAUGUAGAAGAGGAUAAAGAUCUAGCUGAUUGCCUCAAUUAAUAUUUUUGUUCAGUAUUUACAGAUGAAAACAAAGUCAUUUGUUACAUGUGAGUUUACAGAGGAAGAGGUUAUAUUUCAUGCAAAACAGAAACCCCAGGCUAGAUAAAUCUAGACAAGCAGUAUAUUAAGGUGUACGGAGAUAGUUAAGGGCAUAACCCUGGGGAAUGAAUAAUGAAAAUAAAAUAGAAAAGAUAGCUCCAAAUCAAGGGAGUCAAACUAUUUCGCUAUAUCUACCUCCUGCGUAGAAAUCAAUAUAGGAUAAUAAACUUUAUUUCACAAAAAAAUAUAUAUACAUAAAACAAUAAAUUGUGCAGAAAAACACACACAGUGAUCAAGAGUAAACUAAAAAGACUGCAGUAGUUAGUCUCACCCUUGCUGAAAGUAGCUAUAAUAGGGUGGUCCAGCCCUCUGUUUAAUAGGGUACUAGUCUCUUGCAGAAGAUAGAGGUAAUAUAAAAUAAAGAAUGAUAAAGAUCUAGCCGAGUUGAUCCAACAGUACAAAAUCAGUAGUUACGAGAUCAGCGCCGAUAUACAGAUACACAACCUUUCAGCCCCUUGUCUUUGAACUCCUAUAUACCAAACAAUUACAUUAAUCUGCAGUUUGGGACAUUUUACCUGGAAAGGUUUUCCAAUCAGAAUUGGCGUUACUGACUUUUCCAAGUGUCAUCUCCCUACCAUGAAGUAUGACCUCUGAUGAACUGUAAUUUGCUGGAUAUUCCAGAUCCUUUCCAACAAUUCUGAUCAGGGAAGAACAUUACAUUAUAUAUUUAAGUGUAAAAAAACACCUUCUUUUAGAUUGGAGACAAAAGAAGUGUGCGUACAGACUGCAGGACAUGGCAAAAAAACUAUGUGGACCUCAGAAAUGAAGGUUCCAUUUACGGGUUUUGGUCCACCUCUCUUGUCCUAUUGGUGUUUGGGGAGGUGCUAACCAAUUGGUUUAUGCUGCCUUGGGUUAGCCAGAGAAAAAGUCUUUCUGCUAAGAUGAAGUAUAAUUUCUAACGUCUAAUUUGUAUACAAAUAAAUCAUAUGAAUAUCAAUAUAUUUGUGAGCACAGGUCACAAACAGAAAGUGCGAUGAAUGCUUGGAACUAUAAACAUUUUAAGCCUUUUUUAUUUAAUUCACUAAACAUUGAAUUGUCCUUAAAAUUCACCAAGGAAUUGAAACUGUAUGUAGAAGUAGCCGAACUGAAAACAUUCUCCAAGUCAAGUGUCUUUCCAGCUCAUCGAAAGUUGUCAUUCAUUGGCGAUUUCCCCAAAAUUCACAUUUUAAUGAAUAAUCAUAUCUGGUAAAGUAAUUGCAAUGGUGUUAUUUUCAAUAUAUAUAUAUAUAUAUAUAUAUAUAUAAAAUAUAUUUUUUAAAACACUGAACAUUUUUUAGAACAUGUUAAUUUAGCACAUUUCCAUUGACAUGUCCAUUAAAUUUUAAAGGUUAGUAUGGCCGAGUAGAUUUGUAUAUGUCUGAGUAAAGCAAGUCGUGGUCUGGACCUUUGCAAUUCGCUCCACAAUGAUUAUUUUUUAAAUAGAUUAAAGGAUAUGAAGGACAUGUUUGCAUAACUAUAUGAGGCAUGGCAUACAUUAUGAAUAAUUAUCAGGUCUCAAAAUUACCUUAAUGACCUGGCAAAGCACCACCAUCAAACGAAACAAAUAAUGGAAAAAUGAUUAAUUCUCCUUACGAUGCUUUCUCCUUCCUGCCACAAUGAAGAUUAGGAUUUGGAGCCGCACAAGAGAGAAUGCUGAAAGGUUUGCAGAGGCAGCGGGAGGUAAAAUACGUAUCUGCUCAACACCACAAGAAGCAGUGACUGGCGCUGAUGUAAUUGUAACAGCUACAAUGUCCACAAAACCUGUGUUGUUUGGAGAUUGGGUCAAGCCUGGGGCCCACAUAAAUGGUAAAAUACUGAGAUGAUGUGCAUCAGAGAAUGUAUCACUGAUAAUCUUAUAUUGUUAAGGACUCUGGUAGAAAAUGUAUUGUGCUUCUGAAAUAAGUAUUUUUUUAAUAUUAGUUGUAUUUGCUGACUAUGAGUAAUAUUAUGAGAUAAUUCGUUAUUUAAUACAAGUUGCAAUGACAUUAUACAUUCAUGUAUUAAAUAGGCUCAUAAUAGCUCAUUUUUCUUAAUGUUUCAAAAAACCUUUAGAAGUAAGAAUUUUGCUUUAUUUCCCAAUUCAAACAAUAGAAGAAAAGGAAAAGACAAUCCUUCCCAUCAUGGAUUAUUGCAAAUGUUUAAACCAAGGAAUAUUUAAUAACAUGGGAAUUGAGAAUUGAGAAUUGAACUGUAUCUGUUUGUCCAAGCUAGCUCUUUUCGGUAAGUCCCAACUCCUAUCAGCCAAGCUACUACUGGGGCCUCUGUCUAUUAUUAUUGCCAUUUAUAUAGUGCCAACAGAUUCCGAAGCGCUUUACAAUAUUAUAAGAGGGGGGGGAUUUAACUAUAUAUAGGACAAUUACAAUAAAACUUACAGGAAUGAUAAACAAGCUUACAGUCUAUAGGAGGUGGGUUGUAAAACACAAUAGGACAAGAAAUUGCAAUCAAAUAAGGUGGGAAUGAAGCAGAGCUGGAGGAGAAAGAGACAGGUAUGUAAGGUAGAGGUUACUCUGGGAGGUCAUAAGCUUUCCUAAAGAGAUGGGUUUUAAGGCACUUCUUAAAUGAUUAAAGACUAGGGGAGAGUCUGAUGGGGGUAGACAGGCUAUUUCAUAGGAAAGGAGCCACCCGCGAGAAGUCCUGCAAGCGUGAGUUGGUCGUACGCGUGCUAGCGGUGGACAGGAGAAGGUCACGGGCAGAGCGGAGAGACCGAGAAGGGGCCUACCUAUGGAUCUGUGAAGAGAUAUGAGGGGCUAGAAUUGGUUAUUGCUUUAUUGGUAUGGGUUAGCACUUUGAAUUGACUCCUAUAGGAUACAGGAAGCCAAUGUAAGGACUGACAGAGGGGUGAGGUGUGAGAGGACUGACUAGAGAGGAAAAUCAGUCUGGCGGCAGCAUUCAUUACAGACUGUAGCUGGGCAAUACAGUUUUUCGGAAGACCAAUUCGGAGAGGGUUACAAUAAUUCAUGCGGGAAAUUACUAGAGCAUAGACAAGCUCCUUAGUAGCAUCUUGCAUAAGAAAGGCACGGAUGCUGGCUAUGUUUUUAAGAUGGAAUCAACAGGACUUGGUAACAUGCUGGAUGUGAGGCCAGAAUCAAGUAAGACACCAAGACAGCGCACCGGCAAGGAUGGACCGAAGUGGAUACCACUAACUUGAAGGGUGAGUGAAAGAGGAGGAUCAAUAUUAGGAAGAGGAAAGACAAGGAGCUCAGUUUUAGAGAGAUUUAGUUUCAGAAAGUGGGAGGACAUCCAGUCAGAGAUGGAAGAAAGGCAAGCAGUGACACGUUGCCGGACGGUAGGAGAGAGGUCCGGGGAUGAGAGAUAUUUCUGGGUGUUGAUCUCUCAGUUGAUCUCUAAGUAAGUAUGUUAGUUGAGUGGUAACAUCAAUUUCAUGGAUUCCUCCCUACCACCAUUUUUUUUAGUGAGGGGCCAAGUCACCAUGAGGUCCUUGUGUAGCGGCUUACCUUAGUUGGGAGACCGGUAGGCAGAGAUAUAUGCUCACCCUUGCAAAUAGACACAGACCAAGGUGGUAAAGCAAGAAUUCACCUGGCCUGUGAGUCUGUGCACGGGGGCUGUGCAGGGAUAUACUCUAAGUCGCAGUACAGGCAAGGACAAGCAGAAGAGUAGCCUUGUAAAGCCGUAGUCAGGGGAAGCCAUAGGUCAGAGAAAUCGAUAAGAAGAGCCGAGGUCAGGAGCCAGGAACAAACUGGAGAACAAACAAGCUGGAUACUCAGAAACAGGAACCAAACAGCAGAAUCAGAGUCAAUGAAUUGACACUGCCCUCAGGGAUAGGCAGUGCCUUAUACAUGGCUAAUCAGUGAUACUUUACAGCUGGACCAUGAUUGACAGGAACAGUCACAGGUUAAGUCCAGACCCCAGUGCUGGAGACAUGGCAAGGAUAGGUUUCAGGCCAAGCCAAGAACACAGGCAGGAACACAGGCUUAGAACCAUAUAGCACCCAGGUUUAAUUCCCCUCUUGGGCACUUCUGGGAUGACCUUGUCUGGCAGUCUGGGUGUCACGUCUCUGGCCCUUAGCAGUCUUUACAUACAAUAGGUGGAGUGUAUCUGGUCAUGUACAAAAUAUAUUCUAAAUGAUGAGAUGGUCUGCAAAAAGAACACAGAGAACAAAUCCUAGUGCAAUACUGUCAAUAUUAAAAGGUACACUGUAUAAACAUAUGGAUGUACUCUCACAAGAUUAGAGCCAGUGACACUAGGCUCAAUAACUGGGCUUUAUGGGAUGUUUGUAGGGAUCCCACUCCCUCUUCUGUGUCCUGGCUGGUAUAUUGCUUUACUCCAAAUAGUGAUCCACCAGACCUGUAUAAUAGUGGAAACAGUAAUUUAUUGGAACAAGAUAAAAUGCAAAGAUGCCAGAACAAAAGUAAGUUUCAUAAAAUCUUACAAACCAAAAUGCGUUUGUGCUCUCUGGGAGGCUUCUUCAGUUGUUGCAUGGAGUCUUUCCAAUCGUUUGUCCUUUUAAAUACUUUGUAAAUCGCAGCCGUCCUGUACUUCCUGCGGUGUAGGUUUCUUGCGUAUGACGUCUACAUUGUGCGCUCACGUCCAAGUGGAAUGCACCGUGCAAAUGAAACACAUUGUUCAGUUCCAUGGGCGGUGUUUUGCUGACGUCGCUUAUCCUUUUCGGAACACCUCCUCGUAUUGUCUGUGGUCCGAGUGAUCUCUCACGCACAGUGCUGUGACGCAACACUGCGUUCCACAUCUGAUGUUUGGAGCCCAAUGAGAUCUUUAAUGUGAAAUGUUCUAUAAAUAGUUUUCUCAUAACGUCCAUAAUAAUGUAUAAGAACAAAAGUGAACAAAGAAAAAAACAUAUAUAUUUGAAUGUACAGUAAUGUGCAUUGAUAUGAAUACAUAAAGGUGUUCAAAAUAAUGUGGUAAUAGCAUAGAAACAUGCACUACAAAGUGUAACCAGUGUAGUGAUAUAAGUAUAAAAUAUACUUAUCUCUAGUUAAAGAAACAGCCUCCCAAGAUCGUUAACCCACCAACGACCUUAUAGUAGUAUAUAGCAAAAACAAAGGAAAUGUGGGAUACGGCUGUGUAAUAUCUAAAACAAGGAAUAUAAAAAAAUAUAUAGUGUAAUACAGUAAAUAAUAAAUGUAGUGCGCCAGAAUGAUGUACACUCACAUGAUAAAGACAUAUGAAGGCGCUCAAAGGUGCCUCUCCGAUGUAGAUGGGUGGCUAUGUAGAAAAAUAACAUUCUCAUGUGGCAGAGUUAGUUAUCUCAAAUAGCAAUAUUUGUGCGAAAAUCCCAUCAAACAUUGUUAGAAUUUAGAGUGAAACUUGUGAUUAUGAAAAGAAUGUUAUUUUUCUUCACUGUAAUUAAACACUCUCAAUAUGAAUACUAUGUCAUAAUUUCAUAUGUAGUGUUUAUAUUAAUUCUGUUUUUUUCUUUUAGUAGAUUGUAACUGCUUUUCUUCCUUUAUGAAUAUCUUAUAUAUAUUACUAUUUGGGACGUCCACAAGAGGGCAAUAUGCCUUAUUCACUUAUUUUCGUCUCCCUGAAAUAAAUGCAUGAUCCGAUGGACACGUUUUCGACACAAAACAAGGGCACCAAAUUCAAGCGUGAAAAAGAUCAGACGGAACUACACACCUGGAAAGCACUACUUGUGCACCUAUAGGAUUGACGGAAAGACGACAACACCCACGGAUCCACCAAUCAACUGAGGGAUUAGCCCUAUAUAUAGAGACUCUAACAGGGGGGUAUUAGAUCAUUUGUUUCAUUUGUGUUUUUACUGUUGUUGGAAUAUAACUGCCAUUGGUCCCUGAGGAAGCUCCAUUGCUGGGGCGAAACGCGUAGGACCUAUAUUCCUUUCUAUAUUUUAUGCUGGUGGUUGUUAUCCACCUUUUUUUUUUUUUUCAAUUCUUUAUUUUAUUUGUGCAUCAGUGAGACAUACAGGGUUGCACAGCCACAACAGCUGGUGCAUGCUUAACAUCAGGUAGAGCUUAACAAUUGUGUGACAUGAGAAAUAAUGCACAUUUUAUGUUAUUGAAAAAUAAGUAAUGGAGUCAGAAGAGCAGUCAAUAGCAAUACAGUUGGCUAGUCACAUGACUCUUUAGGUUAACAUGCUUUAAGUAUAGAUUUUGAUCACGCUUAUUUUGUGGAGUAUCCUCGCAGUACCAUCUAAGCAUCACCACCUUUAUGCCUAUUUGUGUUUGCUUGUAAGACAUACAUUCCAUGUAAUCACGACAGGCCUGAGCAGCGUAAACACAGUAGGUGAGGUAUUAAGAUUCUAGACAUUUAAGAACAGUCUCGUUGAUCAGUUUGUCGCUAUGAAAUAUACAGUGCAAGUAUAGUGGUGUGUGACAUGGGGGACUUAGUGCAGUGCGAAAAUAAUGAGAAGAGGUGGUGAGAAACAAAAAGUCAACCUGGGUGCUACAGACAAAGACAGAACACAGUCCCCUCAGGUAUGCGAUCUUCGGCACACUCCCGUUGCUGAUUUGUAUGCAGGAAGUGAUGGCAGGGUUCCAGCAAGUAGGAGAGUUCGGUAAGUACUGCUCCGUCGGUUUAAGGCCUGGUCCUGUAUCUGGGGGUCCUGGCUGGUGUAAUUCGUGCUGGCGUUGGGUUGCGAUGUGAGGAACAUCCUCUCACGUCUCAAUGUCCAGGAGGGCAGCCGGACCCUGUUGCCUGGCACAAAGGCUUGGGCUGCCAUUUCCUCUGCUGGUGUGGCUAGACAGUCCAGGAGUGGGUGCUCCAGCCAGCAUUUAGCAGUGUUGUGGUUCCUGUCUGCAGGUAGUCAGCUUUUCUAGUUCAGACUGUGAGGCAGCCAUUUUGUUUAGAGAGCCCGGGUGUCCGAGAGCAGACCAAGGUCCGUGGGAUCUGCUCCUGAUGGUGUCAGAUCUCUCCACUGUGGACCGGGAUAACCCCCCCGGGCCAUGGGGGGGGGACGGGGCCUGUGAGGAGUGUCACAGGGUUGCUGUGUGGCUGCUAGAUUAUCGAGCAGGGUGGCGGCCGUCCACCCCGCUUCUCUCCCGCGUAGGCCGCAGGCUCCAAAGCUGUGUAUAACCCUCAGGGUCUCCAAAGCUCCCGAUCUUGGGGUCUGCAGUAGUGCCCACAGCUCCCUGCUCACUUUGCUGUACCUCUAGGCUGAAAUAAGAGCAGUUUGUUCCGUAGUUUUCGGCCCAGAUGGCCAGAUUGUGCAAGAGCCUCUCCCGCACGCGACCGGUCAGCAUGGCUGUCAGGCCCCGCCCCCGUUAUCCACCUUUUUAUAAUACAUUUUGAUACUCUUUACCUCAAUUCCAUUGUUUGGAGUCCUGAUUUGACAUCUCACUGUCUGGAGUGGACAUGGGGACUACAUAGCCACCCAUCUACAUCGGGGAGGCACCUUUGAACGCUUUCAUACGUCUUUAUCCUGUGAGUGUACAUCAUUCUGGCGCACUGUAUUUAUUAUUUACUGUAUUACACUAUAUGUGUUUUUUUAUAUUCCUUGUUUUAGAUACUACACAGCCGUAUCCCACAUUUCCUUUGUUUUUGCUAUGUAAUGGAAUGAAAAUUUAAAAAAAUAGAAUUAAAAUAUGGUAUUGGAAUAUAGUAAUUCCUUAAUGUCUAAACAAUCUUAAAGCAGCCUUAUCAAGGAGAGUGGAAUGAGGAUGCUGAAAAACGUACAUUUAAAAUAUUGUGGCAUUCUCUUCUUAUUCUAAUAUAGUGAAGAACUCUAAAAAUAAUGUCAUUCUAAAAUAAAUAAAAGAAAUCAGAAUUGAGCCCAAAAGGGAUAAGGGUGUUAAAAUUAAAUAUAAAUUUAAUUUCUUCCUUGCCCAACUUAUUAAUGAAGCCCCCUCCUCUCCAAUCUUUCUGUACUUCUUUUAUAGCGCAGAAGAAUAAGCCCUCUGUAUUCUGAUUGUGUACUGGCUUGAAAUGUUGUGAAACCCUGUGAGUUUCUAAACCUUUUUUUAUGUUCCUCACAUGUUCGGCAAUCCUUACAUUGGUUGUCUAAUGGUUCGCCCUAUGUAGAGGAGAUUGCAUGGACAUCUUAAAACAUAAAUGACGCCCUUGGAAUGGCAUGUGAGAUUAUCUUUAACUUUAUGUUUCUUGUUUAUAACGUGGUCUAGAUCUAUUAGGUGUUUUUUCUUACUUUUUUUUUCCGCUCCCACAUCCAAAGAAGCCCAAAAGAUUACUUAAACAGUGGUAAGGUUUUGUGGUUUCUAUGCAAGAUAUUUUUAACAUUUCUUGUCCCUCUAUAGAUUACUUUUGGUUUAGGUGGUAAAAUAUUAUUUAAAAUUGGAUCAUCCCUGAGGAUGUGCCAAUAUUUUUUGUUGGCUUGAUUAACUUUUCUAUUGUUUCCAUUAUAGUUACAAAUAAACAAGGCUUUAUCUUUCCUCUGAGUUUUCUUUUUCUCUUUAUAUUCAAUGAGUCCUCUUCUAGGUAUUUUUCUCACAUUUUCCAAAUCUUUCCCAAGAUCUGAUUUCUCGUAUCCUUUUUCAAUAAAUAGUUUUUUCAAAUAGUUAGUCUGUUCCAUAUAGUGUGCAGUUCCUGCAAAUUGUAUAUUUUUACUAUUUUUGUCUAUUGGUGUGGUUUUAUGGGAUACCACACAGGUGUUUAAGUGUUCAGUAUUUGAUUGUUACACACUGGGAUUUAGUGUAUUUCUGUUUCUAGUGAUAUUAUAUAUUUCCCUUAGCAGUCUUUGAAUAUGUAGUGUAGAAAUGGGAACAGUCCAAGGAUGUACUGAGAUCUUUUCCACUUGGAGUUCAGAGUGAACACCCUUAUUAAGCUUAUUGUAAAUGGCAAAUUAUUGUGAUAUGCUUAUUUCGGCCCUAAAUGUCACACAUCAUCCAUCAUCCAUCAAUCAUCAUCCUUCUAAAUAUCAAUCACUGAAUGAUACCCUGCUGGAAGGUAGGAUGGGAUAGAUGGUUUAACAGACAAACAAGGGUUAAGAGGGAUAAGAGAGCAUGAUGGAUUAGGAAUAGAAAUAUGCAGUUAGUUUCAUUCCAAAUAGAAUUUCGUCUGAAUUUGGCCCAAUUUGGAAGCCUCAAAUUUCAGAAAGAGCAGAAAGCUAAGCAACAACGAACGGAUCCAUAACAAAUUGAAACAAAUAGUUUCGGAACCAUUUGUUUUUAUAAAUAUAGCAAAUUAUUCAGUUAUUUACUACAACUGAAAGAGUAAAAUUAAGUAGAGGACAUAGCAGAUAACUCCAUAAGUUUGUACAUUGUGCCUGCCACAUUCAUUCCCCAUAAGAAAUAAUAGAUGUCUGAUUGGUUAUUUCCCGAUGAAGAGCCUGAAAAUCUCUUCCGGGGUAAAAGGAGAAGACCCGCAAAGGCUGCUAUCAUAAGAACCAUAGCUUUUGCAAGCUUUUUAAAGAUGUAGUCCCUAUGACUACAUGCAUAAAUAAAGCAUGCAUGCAUGAAUCCAUCCAUCGGGAUUGUGUCAACCAUACAGUGAUGUUAUUUUUAGAGUUGUCCUUCUUGGAGUGGUCCUUUAAGAGACACACAAGGUUUAAGGGGAGGUUAUGAGAUAAAUGGGUAAGGUGAAGUUAAUAGUCACACAAUGGUUUAGGAAGUUAAGAAACACAAGGCGGUAAAAGGGGUUAACCGACACAAAAGGGGUAAAAUGGGGAUUUUUGUUUUAUUUCGGGGACGAUACCUGCAAACAAUUCCGUCCUGGAAGCCAAACAGCCUACUUAUAACUCUGAUCCUGCGGCAGGUAUUUAAUGGUGUUUGGGGUCGCUGUUGUCAGAAGGGGCAUUAUGGAACUGUAAACUUGAGUAAAUGAGAAGGGUCAUUUUACAUUAAGAUUAGUAAAUACCUUUAUUUAACUGCCUAGAGAGGAUGGAAUAUUUCUGUGUACUCCAUUAACUGAAAAUGGUUAAAACAAUGAUGUUUAAUAAAGCUUAAUAUAUUCUUUAGUAGGUUGGGAUGAUGUUGACCAUGUCCAUUCUGUUUACUGUAUAUUAGACAGCGCUAGUAUAGCAUUAACCUAAUAAAAUGUAUAAAUGUUGUAAGUUAGGCAGAGUUUAUUGUUUUCAGGCUCUUCCAUAAAUUUCCUAUAUUUAUGUAAUAUUUCAUUACAGCUAUAGGAGCUUGCCGUCCUGAUUGGAGGGAGCUGGAUGACACUCUGAUGAAAAAUAGUGUUCUCUAUGUUGAUUCCAAAGAGGCAGCUGCGAAGGAAUCCGGAGACAUUGUUAUAUCACAGGUAAAAGUCCAUGAAAAGCAUAUUGAUUUGAAAGAUAUUCUCAGAUAAAUGGGCUAAAAUAUGGGUUCAUACGCAAAGAGCAAAUCAAGCUUUCAGUCAACCCCUCCUCCUUACAUCUCAUUUUCAUCCUUAAAGGACCACACUAAUUAAAACAAAAAAAUAAUAAUAAAUAUAACGUGUUAUUAUUUUUUUUUUUAACGAGACUUGUUCCUUAAGCUGUUUAUAAUAAUGGCCGCCAUAUUUUAACUUGAAAUCAACAUUAAACUUAAAACAUUUAUUCCAGUGCUAGGAUAGUCUCCUCGCUGCAGCCUGAUCCUCCCCCAGUGAAGUCAUGAGUCAUGGUGACUUUUGUCCAAUCGGAUGCUUCUCAUUGAGAAACAUGGCACAUGUACUGCGAUCUCUGCAGUCCGCCAACCCAAUGUUUCUCUGCGAAAAGCAUUGAAACCACAUAGAGAAGCACUGGAUGCACACAGUACAUACAUAGUGCAGUGUAACAUAAACAGCACUGUUUUCGGUUGCAAGCCUGCAGAGCCAGCAUUUACGCACCAAAAUCACUUAAUUUUGAUGAGGUGGUUUUGGUGCUUAAACUGUCCUGCUAAAAAUGUGUCAGCUUAUAAGCAGAUUUUGAUUAUUUACUGGGCGGCCAAGGUGCGCAGAUAGUUCAUAAAGCUGACAUGAGACCAUAUGUACUCUAAUGUGAAUUUCUUUGUAUUUUAGGCAGCUAUAAAAGCUGAGAUUGGAGAAAUAUUGAAAGGAACCCAGCCUGCUCUGUCGGAUAAAACAACUAUUUUUAAAUCAGUUGGUGAGUUAAUUUGUCUUUCAUGCAUUUAUGUCUUUCAGUUCAUGAAAUUUAUGAUUUUUUUUAUGGAUAUCCUCACCUGCUGUAAAUAAGGUCGAAGUCCUAGGUAUUGCCGUAAACACUAACAAGGUUUUUCACUACAGCGAGAAUUGUUAGGAGUUUAAGGUGAGUUCAAAGUGGAUUUCAAAUUUAAGGCCAAUGUAGCCAAGCUGGUAGCAUAGCGCACUUAGGGAAUUUUUCCAGAUCUGAUAUUAUGGUCUCCAAUUUGAUGUUCACCUUGAAUUACCCACAAUACUUUGAGGCCUUAAAGUGAACCUGUAAUCCAAAUUUUUACUUACCUUAAAGGGCCACUGUAGUCACCAGAACAACUAUAGCUAAAUGUAGUUAUUCUGGUGAGUAUAAUCAUUGCCUUCAGGCAUUUGAGUCAAGGCAGUGUUUACAUUUCCCCUAGGGACACCUCCAAGUGGCCACUCCUCAGAUGGCCACCGGAGGUGCUUCAUGGCUCAGUGCUGCACAGUAGGCAGCACUGCCAUUCAGCGUCUCCACGCUCUGCAUGGGGACACUGAAUUUUCCUCAUAGAGAUGCAUUGAUGAAGAGGUGCUGAUUGGCCAAUACAGUGUUUGGCCCGCCCCUUGUCAAUUUUAGCCAAUCCAAUGCUUUGCCCAUGGGAAAGCAUUGGAUUGGCUAAAAAUCGGCAAUUCUGAUGAUGUCACCAAGGGGGUGGGGCCAGUGCCAGUGGACCCGCGUGGCACUGGAAAUAAGUUUUAAUUCCUUUUAAGGGGGAUAAUGGGGGAGGGGUAAGCCACCUCAAUAGUGGGUUUAGCACUAUAGGGUCAGGAAUACAUGUUUGUGUUUCUGACCCUAGCGUGUUCGGCUCCAUUUAAUACAUCAUGUAUCACAGAAAUACAUGGUGUAUUAAAUGGAAAAUAUCAAGAUAAACUAACCUCACCUCUGUCCCAGCACCGCUAUCUUCUGAGCCUUGUCGGUGUUACUCUUCGUGUACCACCCACCACUGGUCAUUCCUUCCCACCUCCUCAAGUUUUCUGUGAAUUUUUCAUGCGUUUGGAAGCUUCCCCAAGCAGGGCACACAUCCUGCGUGACGCCGACAUACUGGCUUCAUUGCCAGCAUCCUAGUAUCUGAACAAAGUGACAUAUUCCGGUUCCUAUACUCUACAUCCAGGGUGUUUACAUAGCAACCACAGCACAUGUGUGUCACGACUACUAGUGUGGUCCAGCAUGCAGAAACUAUGUAAACAUAUACAUAAGAAGGAAAAGGAAAAUAAAAGGACAGAGCGUAAACCGGACCUUAGAAUGGCAGGACUAAUACGCUAGAGACAGAGAAUGGUCAAAGGGAAAGCCGAGGUCAAGGAAGCCAGAAAAUACACAAUACCGUUUACACAAGCCAAGUCAGGGGAACCAGAAUUCAGAAUAACCAGGGAAAAGCCAAGAUCAGGAUACCAGGAAAAUUUAGAUUCACAAAGAUAAAGCACUCUCAGGAAACCAGGAACAGGAAACCAUGACAAGGCAAGGUACUGGGGAGAGCUAGGGAUUUAAAUAUCCCUCUCUAUGCAUGUGUGUGCGUUGACGUCGUGACGUCAUGCACACGUUAUUAUAAUUUUUGGAGACGCGGUCAGCGCCAUCUUUAAUUUGGGCGCGAGGCCCGGAAGACCUGGGGGAGCGGUUGCUGGCUCGCCGAUGAGCAGGUAAGCUCGAGCUGUCGGCGAGGCCGUAUCGGUUGGGCGCAUGGCGGGCCGGCGACCGCAACAAUGUGCUGUGGUUGCUAUGCUUGGAAGAACAAAAGGAUCAUCUGUAGGGGGUCUUUUCUGCUUUCCAAUGUCAGUCAAAUCUUCGGCAUAAAGUGUAAGCCGAAGAUUUGACUGACAAGUGGGAGAAAUACUUAUUUGUAAAUAGGUUUUUGUCCCGAUCUAUACAUUUGCUAUCAGAACUGCCAGGACAAUGUAUAGUUUAAACUUGAUGUUCUUUCAAAAGAGCAUGAGUAGUUUGAGGCAGAAUUGAGGUUAAAAAAAAAAUCUCCAUUUCACUUUGCAGUCAGUAAUAGGCUAGUGUUGUAGUGCUGAUUGCUGAUUGCUAUUUACCAUUUUUCUCAAAUGGUAGAUCAGUGACUGAGUUACUUAGUACCCAACAUCAAUGAUAGCUGCCCCUUUACUAAUAAUUAUUAAAUAGAAACAGAGUUUUAGGAAGGGCUUUUUCUAUUAUUUUUUUUAACAAGUGUUAAAAAAAAUAAAAUAAAAUGUUUGCUUUUUAGUUGGUGUUUAGUGAGUGAGCUGGAUCUUCUAACUCCAGGAAUUACAAUAAUCUCGUACCCAUCUCAUGUCACUCUUUUAAAUCCUCCUUCCAUACUGCCCUCUGGAAUGCACUCUCUGUUUGCAGUGUUACUAAAUCCACUGCUGUGCACGACCUUUUCAUCUCUCGUUCCCUAGCCUUAACAGAAACAUGGCUCUCUCCCUCUGACACCGCUACCCCUGCCUCUUUAUCCUUUGGUGGUCUUCAAUUUUUCCACAACCCAAGACACUCUGAAAGCAAAGGUGGUGGUGUAGGGUUUCUGCUCUCACCUCACUGCUCCUUAAAACCUCUAACCCCCCCCUUCCCUCUCUUUCCCUUCAUUUGAAUUUCAUUCCAUUUGCCUUUUCAAACCCAUCUCUGCUAACAUUGCCAUUAUCUGUCGUCCCCCUGGAUCUCCUCUCCUUGACUCAGUGGCGUAAGGGGAGAGGCAUGGGGGGGGGGCGGUCCGCCCUGGGUGCCACUCACUAUGAGGGUGUGCAGAGCUGCAGACCAUGUGUCUCGCGAGCACUGCCCAAUCAGAGCGUUGCCGCGGGUUACCACGGCAAUGCUCUGAUUGGGUCUCGUGGAGCUGCAGACCAGAAAUGACUGCCACCGGACCACCAGGGAGCCCACCGGACAAACAGGCAGCCCCCUCUGGACCACCAGGGAUUUAAGGUAAUUUUGUAGUCCCCCCUGCAUCACCCCCCCUCUCCUCAUCACAUCACCCCCCUCCCUCUCCUCAUCACCCCACCUCUCACAAUCACUCCCCUCACAAUACCCCCCCUCUCCUCAUCACCCUCAUCACCCCCCUCCUCUCACCUUCACCCCCCUCCACUCACCUUCACCCCCCUCCCACUCCCUUCACCCCCCCCUCCUCUCACCUUCACCCCCCUCCUCUCACAAUCACCCUCCCUCCCUCUCCCAAUCCCCUCCCUCUCCUCUCACCCCCCUCCCUCUCCUCAUCACCCCCCUCCCUCUCACAAUCACCCUCUCACAAUCACCCCCCCCUCACAAUCACCCCUUCACAAUCCCACCCUCUCACAAUCACCUCCCUCCCUCUCACAAUCACCCCCUCUCACAAUCACUCCCACUCCCUCUCACAGUCACCCCCUCCCUCUCUGUCACUCCCUCCCCCUCACCCUCCUUCACCCCCUCACAAUCCACCCCUCCUCAUCACCCUCCCUCCCUCUCUCAAUCACCCCCCUCUCUCUCAUCCUCACCCCCUCCCUGAGCUCCUUCUCACUUCACCCCACUUGCACCAUCCCUACCCCCCUCCUCACUCUCACAAUCACCCCCUCACAAUCACCCCCCUCCCCUUCUUACUGUUUCUAUGUAACUGCAUGUGUGUACCUAUGUGUCUGUGUAUGUGUGCCAGUGUGUGUGUAUAUGUAAAUAUAUGAAUGUAUGUAUGUAUAUGUGCAUACAUCUCAGCAUCUCUUGGUUUUCCUCCUAUUUCUCCCAAUGCUCAUUCAGUGUCUCAUUUUCUAAUGAUACCGCCUUCCUUCGUCCUGUCUCUGUUGGAGUCCCCCAAGGCUCUGUACUUGGUCCCCCUCUAUUUUCUCUUUAUACUGCCUUAAACAAACUUACUACCUCAUUUGGAUUCCAAUACCACCUGUACGCUGAUGACACUCAGAUAUACCUCUCCUCCCCGGACCUCUCCUUUCUUCCAUCUCUGAUUUGAUGUCCUCCUGUUUUUUGAAACUUAAUCUCUCUAAAACUGAACUCCUUGUAUUUCCUCCUCCUAAUACUGAUCCUCCUCUUUUGCACGUCCUUCAAGUGAGUGGUACCUACAUCAGUCCAUCCUUGCAAGCACGCUGUCUUGGCGUUAUACUUUAUUCUGGCCUCACAUUUGAGCCUCACAUCCAGUCUGUUACCAAAUCCUGUAGAUUCCACCUUAAAAACAUAGCCUGCAUCCGCCCCUUUCUUACACAAGGUGCUACUAAGGAGCUUGUCCAUGCUCUAGUAAUCUCUCACAUGGAUUAUUGUAACUCUCUCAUCCCACAAGUCGUAUUGCCCCUCUACAGUCUAUAAUGAAUGCUGCAGCUAGACUGAUUUUCCUCUCCUGUCGCUCCUCUCACACCUCUCCCCUCUGUCAGUCCUUACAUUGGCUUCCUGUAUCCUAUAGGAGUCAAUUCAAGGUACUAAUCCACACAUAUAAAGCACUGACCAAUUCUAGCCCCUCCUAUAUUUCUUCACUGAUCUGUAGGUAUGCCCCUUCUCGGUCUCUCCUCUCUGCCCAUGACCUUCUCCUGUCUGCUGCUCACAUGCGUACGGCCAAAUCACGCUUGCAAGACUUCUGAUAGGUGGCUCCUUUCUUUUGGAAUAGCCUGUUUACCACCAUCAAGCUCUCCCCUAGUCUUCAGUGAUUUAAAAAGUGCCUCAAAACCCAACUCUUUAGGAAAGCUUAUGGCCUCCCAGAGUAACAUCUACCUCACAUACCUGUCCCUUGCUCUCUCCUAAAGGGCAACACUCUACUCUCUCCUCCAGCUCUGCUUCACUCCACCUUGUUUGAUUGCUACCUCCUGUAAAGGAUCCCUGCAUACGUGCAGCGAUGAUCCUUGCAGCUUCUCCCGAAAUCCCGCUGGAACAGAGUGAUUAUAGCUUCCAAUUCCCCAAACAUGAGUCGAGACUUCAUGAAGGGGUAAAACGAUCUGAUUUACUGUGGGCUACCCGCCCGGAAUUUAUGCAGGUCUUCCACCUGGUGGACACUCCCCUAGGGGACCAGAUGGAAGACUGGGACAGAAGUAAUACAGUAGCCAAUCACAGUGGCUAUAGGAUAAACACUCCCCUUUACACAAAUCACUCCUUCUUUCCCAUCCUGGAGAUAAUUAGAUUAAGGUAGCAAAGAGGGCUGUAAUUAUCUCCAGAAGUAAAGAAACAUGCCUUUUUAUAUUUAGCAAAAACAGAAUAAAAAUACAUAACUUUCUUUUUAUAUAACAUAAACUUUAAGUUCCACACAUCCCCAGAUAGCUUGGAUCUGAGUGCAUAUUCUAGGCGAAUAGCGCUCAGAUCCCACGAACACAGGUCCCAGAAUCGUCGACUGAAGUUUGGCUGUCCUUGGCCAUUCGUGUAUUUGUAACCGAUUGCCAGUCCUCUAUUAUAGCUAUCUGGGGUCAGCCACGUUCGCAUACUUUAAUGCGCGAAUGAAAUAUUAUCCCUUCCUUCGAAUGGUUCCACCGUAUGAACGAGGAUGGGUGAAGGUAGCAGCGGCGUUCGACAAAAUAGGUCGCUGAAAUCAGUUCCAGGGAAUCCUCGCCAUUUGCCGCUGCGCGUUCGACAAAACCAAAAUGGCGAUUGCCACGUGUUCGGGAGGUGAACGCGGACCACCCGCUAUACCAAUUAGUUUGUGGUUAACCGCAACAGUCAGGGUGGUCAAUGAGCGCCACACGACCUCAGUGGGAGGUCGGUGGUUCGGUAGUUUGUUCGCCUUAUUUGACAAUUUCACGAAAUCCUAUGGUAAUGUUCCAAAUAACCGAACAGGCUUGUUCGUGACGGCUGUGAAUAGGGGAUUUCGUUACACCUCCUGUCCUGUUGUGUUUACGCUCCACCUCCAAAGACUGCAAGCUCAUUUGAGCAGGGCCCUCUUCAACCUAAUGUUCCUGUAAGUUUUUGUAAUUGUCUCAUUUAUUGUUAUAUCUCCCCCUUUGAUAAUAUUGUAAAGCGCUAUAUGCUGGCUCUCGCUAUAUAAAUACCAAUAAUAAUAAUAUAUAAUAAUAUUAUUUGUGGAUUUUGUAAGCCAGUGACUGAGCACCCAAGUCCAAAACACCGUGCCACUCUUUGGACUUUUUAACUAUAUGUAUAUAAUAUAUAUGUAUGUGUGUAAUAUGCAGAAAUUACUCAAUUAAGAAGGAAUAACUUAGAGUACACGUGUUGGAAUUUUUUUAAACGUUUAUUUACAUAACAUCAGGAAGUAGAGCGUAGUCAAUACAAUAACACAUUUAAUUAUUACAAUUCGUAUUAAACUUCUAUUUUACUUUCAUUUCAGAUUUUUAUUUUGUCUUUUUUUAUUUUGUAGGUAUGGCAAUCGAAGACACUGUUUCUGCAAAACUUGUAUAUGAUUCUUGGACAAAAAAUAAUGAGAAUUAAUAAAGAUUCAAUUCAUUUAGCACUCUUCAGGCUAGUAAAAAUUAACGCACAGGUUAGAAAAUGACAUGUGAUUUAAACAGCAAUUGCCCCAUUAAUUUUUUAAUGAUUCUUUUUUAACGCAAUAAACCUUUCCCUGUUUCUUAUUGAAUGAUGUACAAGACAAAUAUAUAGCGCACUGCAUAUCAAAAUGAUAUCUAAUUUUCUUUUAUUAAAUAAAUACUUUUAAAUAGUUUUGUAGAUGAGAUUUGUACAUUUCAUAAAGAGAACUAAUCAUUGUUGUAGAUGUGAUACAAUGCUAGUGAAUGUAAAUACAUAUAUAUAUAUAUAUAUUAAUAUUAGACAAAUCAUUUAAUUUUCUUGUGUUUGGACAGAAAAUUUUCACUCUUGCAUUUUCCUGGAACCAAACUGAAAACCGUCAAAUAGCAUCUGCUUUUUACAUAAUACAAUACCUAAUAUAAAUUCCUAGCUCAAUGUCUUAAUUCUGGAGCUAAACUGGGUAAUUAUCAUAACCAGUAUAUUUACACAAUUGUGUUAACUAUAUUUCUGUAUAUAAACUUUAUAUGUAUAUGUUAAGUAGAGCAUUUUGGUGAUGUGAAAUAUUGGAUUGUAUGUCCAAAGAAGGAAACCUUGAUCUUAAAGGAACACUGCAAACACCAUAACAACUACAGCCCACUGUAGUGGUUGUGGAACCAGGAGUGCCCUGGUUCCAAGGUAAAGAGUUAGACUUAUUUUAGUAUGGUUUGACAACUUAACUGGGUCUUGUCGGGUGCCUGUGGCUUUAUACCUUGAAUCUGUUCCUCUCAUACCAGAGUGUUGUGACGGCUAGGUCUGUUAUAGAGCACUGGCAGUUUAUAUGACCUUCUGAUUUAUGUAAUUGAAAAUGUAAUUUAGAACUAUACACCAGAGGACUAGAGUUCUAUAAAGGAACUGUCCUUUCUAAAAAAGAAUACUUGGGAGGUAUGUGAGUCUGCCUCCUGUAACUUGAGAUUACAAAUAAAUCUCUGUUCUCUGUAGAUUUAGUUGAUUUAAGUCAAGCACAAACUAUUACUGUAAAACACUGUUUAAAAGGAUGGAAAGAAUAAUGAAAUAUUUUGAUUUGAAUUCCAUUUUCUUUAUAAUUGUAAAUAUCAUCAAGUCUGUUACAUGUGCUGUGUAGGUAGUCCCACGCUCUGCCUAUUAUCCUGACAUCUGUAAUCAUGACUAUGCCUGUUUAAAGCAAUUCUAUAGCAUAGGAAUACAAAAAUGAGAGUUUUGGACCUUAUGGGUCUCUAUCGGAAGUAUGGAGUGAUUCUCAGGGAACCCCAGGUAAGAAGUCAAAGUAUUCUAACAUAUUUGACUACUUACAAUUGGGAUAGGGGUGGCCCUAGAGGACUAAUUGCACCAUAAACACUACUGCUUGUUGUAGGGAUUUUGGUGCUUGGAGUGUUCCUUUUAAACUUGUUAGAAUCAAUUACAUUCUUUACGGUCAUCAUAAUAUGUUUGUGCAGACCUUACGUCAAGACAAAUUGUUAUGCUAAUCACUAAAUUGGCAAGACAUGGCAUAUUUAAAGGAACACUGUAGGGUCAGGAACACAAAAAUAUAUUCCUGACCCUAUAGUACUAAAAACACCAUCUAGCCACCCGACACCUCCUUGCCCUGCCUAAAUAUAUUAUACUCUUACCUUUAUUCCAGUCUGUUGCUGUCUCUGCACCUGAUCUGCCUGCUUGGUUGUCAUCAUCAGAAGUGUUGCUCAAUACCAAUCACAAUGCUUUCCCAUAGGAAAGCAUUGUACUGAUUAAAGGACCACUCUAGGCACCCAGACCACUUCAGCUUUAUGAAGUGGUCUGGGUGCCAGGUACCUCUAGGAUUAACCCUUUUUUUUAUAUAAACAUAGCAGUUUCAGCGAAACUGCUAUGUUUAUUCUGAGGGUUAAUCCAGCCUCCAGAGCCUCUAGUGGCUGUCUCAUCGACAGCCGCUAGAGGCGCUUGCGUGCUUCUCACUGUGAAAAUCACAGUGAGAGCACGCAAGCGUCCAUAGGAAAGCAUUGUAAAUGCUUUCCUAUGCGACCGGCUGAAUGCGCGCGCGGCUCCUGCCGCGCAUGCGCAUUCAGCCGAUGACAUCGCUAGCAAGGAGGAGAGGAGGAGUACAGCUCCCCGCCCUGCGCUGGAGAAAGGUAAGUGUUUAACCCCUUCCUCUCCCCAGAGCCAGGCGGGAGGGGGACCCUGAGGGUGGGGACACCCUCAGGGCACUAUAGUGCCAGGAAAACGAGUAUGUUUUCCUGGCACUAUAGUGGUCCUUUAAGACUGUCAAGGAGGAAGAUCAGGGGCAGAGUCAGCACAUGCCUAUAGUGUCCCUUUAAAGAUCAAAACUUUUGAUAUCAUAAACAAUCAUGGUUAAUACUAGUUAAAAUUAUUUUGUUGCACUCUGUACCUGUCAGUUCAAUAAGUAACAUUUGUGAAAGUUACCAGGUUUAUAGGAGAUUAACAACCUCAAACCAUAUUCAUGCAAAAAAUAGAAGCGACAAUUAUGCUGACAGAUACAAACAGUAAUUGUUUGUUGCUUAGAUGGUGUAAUUCUACAAUUUCUAAAGGACAAUGCUCUCCAGCUAGAUGACAAUUUAGAAGAGAUGAAAACCGAUAUGUCUCUUGCAGUUGAGGUAGACCAUUAGAUAAUUAUCAGCUUUUUGCUCUAAUUGUUUCUUUAAAUAAAUGUCUCCAUUAAUUUGAAGAAUGAAUGACUACUUAAAAUCUUACAUUGUUUAUAAGCAGGUCAUUACUCUAAAUGUUCUUUUCUUCACAUCAUAAAAUAAAAAUCGAUUGUGUUUAUCUAAUUGUUACAUCUUUACCAUAUGACGGUUUCAAUCAAAAGUGACAUUUCAAUAAUAUGUACGUAAUGGAGAUUAUGCACAAUGUGCAAGGUGAAUUAGUUCUGUAGGUGGUAAAUCAUAUUAAAAUCAAAAGGCAAAAGAUGAAAUGUAAUAAUUUAUAUCAAUAUAUCAUAUACGCCUCUAACUCUGCACUCUUAUUAAAUUGAAAAAAUUGAGAAAUUGAGUGGAGGCGUUUAUAUUAUACUAGGCUAGGAAAAGCCAAUGAUUGGAACUUACGCACAAAUUGUUAAAAUGUGUGUGCUAAGAGGUAAUCAUGUGCAUCACUGACAUGAAGCAUAGAUUAUGUGUUUCAAUAUCUAAGGAAGCUCCAGACAAUGGGCUGUGACAUGGUCUUGCAUAUGCAAAGCUUUAUGAUAAACUAACACAUAGAAUAAAUUACUGAUGCGAAUAUAUUGAAAUAAGGAAGUGUGGUUUAGAAUUUGGGUUAGCAUAGAAGUGUGGUUUAGCAUAUGGUUAGGAAGAAAAUCUGGGGAUGUUCUGCCUCCAGAACAAAAUAUUUUUGUGGUAUAACUUAGGUAGGAUUGAAUGGCAUAACAAUGGAGUUUAAAGAACGGGAGGUGACGAAGAAUAUGAGGCAUGGAAUUCUGAAAAAGAGAUGGUGGCAUAACUGUAAGGUAGAUAAUUUGUUUCUCAUGGGACCUUCAAAACUGGAAAUUUAAUUUAUGGAGUUGGAAAAUAUGCCAGAAUAUUGACUAGCCACAAUAUACUGAAUAUAAUAUUGGAUAUUUUAAAGAACAUGGCAAAUUGGAAUGUUAUAGUUUAGUGUCACUGAUCUUUCCUGGUUUAGCCAGGGCUUGCUUUCUUUUAUCUACUGCAUUGAGAACCUUCUUUCUUGGUCCAAGCUGUAUGUUAAUGCUUUGCAAGUCUUCGUUAGAACACAUCAAAAGUGAAUCCAAGUCAAUUUUGUCUCUCAUGAGUAUGCCGAGUAAUUCAAGUAAACCAUGUGAUGCCAAAAAGACUUGAAGAGGAGAUGUCUCCCCUUCCUCAUCCAAUUCCAUCUCAUCUUCAUUCCAAGUUAUGUUGAAUCCAUUGUCCGUGUCUAAGUCAUUACUAUUCUCUGCCUCGUCUGUAAACAACUCAGUUUGAACUUUGAAACCAAAAUCAUCUUGAAAGGUGGACGUACUGUUGAAGUUAGUAUUAGCAUCAGCAGCUAGAUUCCUCCGGAAAACUAUAUUCCCAAGACCAGGGCGAUUGAAAAUAGAUUCUGUUGUAUCUGAAGAGUCAUCUCCAAUCUUCGUGUUAUCUUCAUCAUUUUCAUUGAAAACAUCCAUUACCUUAGUACGAUGGCCACUGCUAUUUUCAUCCUUUUCAAAGAUUAUGUUGCUUGUUGUUCCUUUAUCUAGUGUGUUUUUAUCUUUCUUUUUUAAUUUCAGCUGCAGUGUGUCCUUCAAUCCCUUAGUUAGGGUGGACAUGGUAGAUGGAGUUGAGACACGAGCACCAGUAGAGCUUGGUAAAGUUCCUUUGGAACUUAAAGUUCCAGUAUUUUUUUUUGUAUGGUUCUUGUUCAUCUGACUCUGAUGUCUGUCUUGUAGCUUUUCACAUUCCUUAAUCUUCCUCUCGGCAUCUUUAGUAGCUUGCUCUUUCAAUCGUGCAACUUUUUUGGGGUUUAAGGCUACUUGUUUAUUGGCAGCUCCAUCCAGAAUCCGAACACAGUCUGUG